AGCGGAGACAGCUACCCGGCCCGGACGCCCCCAAAGACCUUUGGCCCGGAGGGAGGAGCCGUCAGCGCCUGCCGCUCCCACCCAGCCCAGCCCAGCCCUCCGCCACUUUCGCCGCGGCAGCCGGCAACAUGGACGGCGCGGCGGACGGUAGCGCGGAAACGUCUCCCUCCACCGCGGACGCCUGCGAAGAUUUCCGCGCUGCCUUGACCAUGACCAAAGGACUCUCCAUCUUUCUCGACGUAAGCAGGGCGCCUGUAACUCUGGGUUGUAGCUGUUGCGCUUUCUUGGUUGGUGAUCUCCCCUUUCCACCCCCCCCCCCAAGCUUCCGCAUCUUCUGGAUUUAGAUGGAUGCAUCUAAAUUAGAAAGUUUUCCCUGGAAGGGAGCAUGGAGGGGGGUUUGGGUGGGGGGAUGGCCGCCUGUUCCCCACCGGGCUCCUACCUGCGCCUCCGAGAGCUGCAAACGAUCCACAGGUGAAGCUUCCGCCGCUCGCUGCAUCUGCGGACCGAGGAGGCAAGCUUCACCUGUUGAAUGUUUGCCUAUCAUGCAGCGAUGAUGAUGAUGAUGAUUAGAUUUAUGAGCCACCCAACAGGGUGAAAAGAGUCCGGCAGCUCUCAGGGGACCAUGCUGGAACAUGGUUUUGGGUUUUUAAAAAAUCUUGAUCCUCAACAUUUUAGAUGCCAUGAGCAUCCCCAAAAUUGAACCAUACAGGAGGCAAAUCGCAGGCGCGGUGUCUCAACACAAAGUCCUUUCUUCUCUUCCUCGUUACGUUCCUAGUUUUUGGAUGGGGGGUUGAGAAAUGGCACAGGUGAAUCAGUUAAAACCCCUCCCUCAGACUAAAACUAAAAAAAAAAAACUUUACAAAAGCACUGGAGAAUGGGAUCAUAGGCAUCCACAUCUUGUGUUGUUCUGACGCCUCCGAAAUUGAUAGGAUAAAUGGGGAGGUGAAAAAAACGUUUUGCUGCUCGGUUGCUACUCAAGGUUGCUACCGAAUAUGUAUAGUACUCCCGUAGUAAAAAGAAAGAUCUGUGAUAGCGUCGAUGGGCAUUGCGGGAAUCUUCAAUGCAUAAUUUCCUUGGAGAUUUUUUUUAUUACUGUUUUUAGUAUGCAGGGUGAUAAGGCAGCUUAGAAAGUGGCGUUCUGAUACACUUGUAUAGAAAAAUAAGAAUUGAGGGGCGGGGGCCUCAUCGCACAAAUCCUAACCUUAUUUGUAUCAACUCAGAAGUAAGUCUGUUUGCAUUUGAGUGAGGCUUACUCCCAGGUAAGUGUGGAUAGGAUUGCACUCAUAGAAAGAGAAGCAAGUUAGCCUGUCAAAUGGGGAGAGCAAAUCAAAGUAAAAAAUGCAAUCCACACCAUCAUUUGUAGGAGGCAAAAUUAUACUAUUUUCCUCUAAUGCAUUUAUGUUUUUCUUUUGUAAAAAUAAAUAAAAAUAAAUGUGGGUUAAACUAAGUUAGUUGUGCUCAUUAAUUUCAGUGGCUAAAGACAUAUGAAGGGAAAUUAAAAACUUCAAACUACUAAUUGGGUCACUUUCUUAUGGACAACCAGACUGGUUUCGAAUAUUAGUUGAUUGCCAUGGAAAAUGGAAGGACAUCUAUACUGUAUCUCAUUUAGUGCUUGGAUAGGCUGUCUGUGAUAUGAUGCGAUACGAUAGAUAUUAAAUUGUAUAGAUCAAUUUUCCACCCAAAAAGGUCCUCAAAGGUCACACAAAAGAAUAUAAAUGCAUUUGGGGGGGGGAGAUUAAAUAUAAAAAUAUAAUUAAAAUUAAAUUUUAAUUAAAAUUAAAUCUAAAAAAUUAUGUAUGGAAAAAGGAAACAUUGUAAGAAACAAAGUGAAUCUAGAGAAGCACAAAAAUGAGACCAAAAUCUGCAACAGAACCAAGUCCAGCUCUUCAAUCAGAGAUGCCAACUUAAUUAAUAUUGUAAGCAUGUAGAGAAAGGAUGGCUGGCAUUUAUCAGGCAUCUAGGGGGAAAUCCUGUGCACAAGAAGCUGGUAAAUUAAGACGGUAUAAGAUUACAUCAGGUACAUUCAGCUGCAGCGGCUGCUGUCCUAAGCCAGGCAGAGGGAAAACAAGCCUUUAAAAUAGUGUUUUUUUGUUGGGUUACAAGGUUUUGACAAGCAUCAGAUGUUGAAUCCCAUACACAAUUAAUGGUCAGAUCCUGCUAAAUAAUAAAUACUAUUGUAUGUUGAUUAUAUCAUGUGCUAAAUACCGUUGGGAUAGUUCAGUCAGUAGAACACAAGACUUUUAUUUUCAUGGUCGUGGGUUCAAGCCUCACAUUGAGCAAAAUAUUCCCAAGCUAUCUUUGGUUGGUGGCCACCAGUACAAGUUGGUAGCCAUAUUCCAUGCAGUUGCUAAUUUGUGCAUGACUGAGAAUGACUCCCCACUUAGCAUGGAUGCACUUUGGAACACAUUCACCAUCCCUUAUCCAACUGAAAAUGUUACCUCCAGAAAUAUUACCUGUACUGAGAUACAGUAAUCACUAUAAUCUUUGGGUUGGAACAGCUAUCGUCCAGUUUGCCAAGGGGGCCUUUGAGCCUUCAUCUACAUGAAGUUGUUGGGAGCAGUCAUUAGGAGUUUCGGAGAGAGGUACCAUCAGUAUAAUUCACUAAGCCUGAAUUUAUUUCUUUGCAGGUCCUGAGAAGAGCAGAUAAAAAUGGUAAGUCCAAUUACUUUUUUCAGAGAAAUGUAGUGUUAAAGCACUAAGGGAUUCCAUUGGGAUAUUUAGUUUGACUGGUCAAAUGUGCAAAACUGAUUUGGUUUUGUUAUGUAAAAUAGGUGGACAAGUACAAGUGAUUUGUUGCCAUAGGUGAUAAAGGUUGGAGGUCCUAAUGUAUUAAUUUUGUGUCUGUGGAAAGGCGAGCAGUUCAGACUGGGACUAAAAGAGAUGCAGGGAACAGAGUUGCUCUCUAGAAAGAUGCUUACUUCAACUAUGGCAAUAACAGGACAGCAUCUUUCCCUGCACCUGAGAGAACCAGGCAGGCCACACGACACUUCAUCUUUUAGCACCUCAGUGACAUUCCUCACCUUAGUAUCCACAACCUAAGGUAGUUGCUUUAAUUUACCUAAUGCUAAGUGCUAGUUAUAGUUGAAAGUCCUGGGACGGGUGGGCCAAGAGCUUUAAUAUGAUAACCUCAAUAAGUUCAGUUUUUACUUCUAGAUCUGCUACUCCCCCUUUCACAAUACAAGAUCUAAGCAGAAAUCUUGCAUUGCAAAUAGAAACUGGGUCCUGCAUAGAAACAGCUGUGCAGUGUUUACAUUUCCUUCUAACCGCAUUCCUAAAAGGCAGACAAUAAUUAAGAAGUGAGGAAAGGCACAGCAUAGUUGACUGAGAAUACAUGAUGUGUAGAGAGUUUAUAUGGUGCAAAAAAAAAACCUGUGACUAACCCUCAACGCUCCCUUCCCCCCAACCCCCCCCCAAGUCUUUCUGAAGUGCAUGUAUCCUCUGAGCCAACACAGUUGGUAGAUUUUCCUUAAGUUCUAUGAUCCCAUGCAUUUUCCAUAAAUUAAUAUUCCCCAAUGGAACCUCUUCCUCCAUUUUUCGUUAUAGGAAAAUGAUGCCAGAAUUGAGAGUCCCUGACUUAAUUUAUGUUUAUAUUUACCCCAAAGAGUAUCUAAAGUUUUGAUGCAUAGAUUUGGUUUAAUAAUAUCCUUGUCAAAUUGUGUACAGUGCAAGAGAGGGUUUGUUUGUUUUAAUUCUGUUGAAGCGUUGAAUUGUUUUAAUAUGACGGAUCUGUCUAGGUCAGGGGUCAGCAACCCGCGGCUCCGGAGCCGCAUGUGGCUCUUUUACACCUUUGCCGCGGCUCCGGGGCGGAUACUAGCGAGGGGAGGAGGCGCAUUGUGUGCCCCGACACUCCCCACUGUUUUAAAUGUCGCAAUGGUUUUGCGGCUCCCAGGUUUUUUUUCUUCGGUCCAAGUGGCUCUUUUUGUCUUAAAGGUUGCAGACCCCUGGUCUAGGUGGAACCAUUGCCAGAAUAGCUACUUGGGCCUUGGGUCCUAAGCUCCUUGCUGUAAGUAAGAACUAGGCAGCUAAAUGAUAGUGCAAAACGUCCCAGGUGCAAUCCCCGGUCUCUCCAGCUAGGGCUGGGAGUGUCCCCUUCCUGAAACCCAAGAGAUCUGUUGCCAGUCAGUGUAGAUGGUAUCAAGCUACUGGUCUGCUUCAAUAUUGUCAGGGAACUGACAUCGGAGCUAGAGGUGGAGGGAAGGCUCUCUGAUGAUGCUGGAGAAGGGCCCAGCAGGGAGAGAGGCAGCUCAGCAGAUGGGGAAGCAAUUCAGUGCAACACCAGGAAUAAGGAGGGGCAGAUGGGGGAAUCGGCGAGAGGGCUCCCAGACUCUUCACCAGACACCACCAGGGAGAGCACUGGUCCUCCGCUACUCACGCCCUCCCUGCGCAGAAGACUUCUGCGCAGAGAAAGUAGGAGGAGACUGGGUGUCAAACAACUUUUAUGUUGGAAAAGGUUUAAGAAACGCCCACUGACGGAUUCUGCUAGCGACUGAGGCAGCCACGAAUUGAUGGGCUGUCCAGACAGAAAGGUUUAACAAGGCAGCAUAGCCAGGAGAGGCGGCAACUUACGCACGAGCAACCCCAUACCAUUAUAAAUAUGUAAGGUAGUUUCCUAUUUUCCCUAGGAAAACUUUUACACCCUGUCGUUAGGAUUUAUGUGUUAGACUGCAGCCCGCUGGGAAAGUCCAUAUAAUCUUCCUUCACUGAACACAUUGUUGGUGGGUAAGCUGCCAGAGAUAAACACCAUUCUCAUAUAAAACAAUAUAUAUAUAUUACCUUUUAGUGUUUAGUUUAUUCUCCAAAGAGCUCUAAACAGGUUUCUAUGACUACUUGAGAAAAUGCUAAUGAAACACGUUAGGAAGAGAGUAUGUGAGAUCAGGAAGGUGGGUGAAAUAAUUUCUCAAAAGAUAUGUUGCCAGGGGGAAUGAUACUCCAUUUGGUUAACUUUUCAUCUGAAGAAAAUGGGAUUUCAGCGAAGGCUUUCAUUUCAUGAUUCGUCUUGUCUUCAAGAUGUGAACUUUUGGAAAAAUCAGAGGACAGAAAAUUGGCAUCUUUCUUCUACUUUGAAAGUCAUUGAGAGAAACUAGCUGAAGCCCUUCUUGUGGCACCCGGGCAUUGUUUAGUUCAAGGUUGGGUUGAGUGAGGGCUAUUCCCUUGUGGCCACUGUGAGCCUGGAGACAGCCCUAAAUUGGGUUGAGAGAUGGUUUUUUGUUUUGUUUUUUACUUCACUGUUUCUUUUUUUAAAAAAAUAAUAUUUAUUAAAAGUUUCAGAAUUACGAAAAAAUAGGAAACAACACUACAAUACAUAAAAAAGAAGGGGGAAAAAACAAAGCAUAAAAACCAAUACAACAAUACAGCAAAAAGAUUUUUAAAAAGACACAAAUCCCAUGUUACAUAUCUUUAACUUCCAUUUGCUUGUUUCAUUGACCUCCUCACACCUCCCUUUUUGUAUUCUAGUUUAAUUAGUUAUUUCAGCAAAUUCUUUCCAUCUUUCUCAAUUUUUAUUAAAUAAUUUAUCUUAACAAUUUAACCUAUUAAUUAGCUCAACAAAUCCUUUCCAUCUUUCCCCAUAUUCUGUUAUUCAAAUUGCCUUAAUUUAUUUAACCUUAUCUUACCGUAAAAUACCUUAUAGCUUGAAACUUAAUACUCAAUUAUACAUAACUCCUUAUAUCAUUUCUAUUAAAGUCAUAUAGUUUCAUUCCAACAUUUUCCCUAAUACUCAUUAACUUUAGGCUAAUUCCCUAAAUAAAAAUUUUUCUUUAUAAAUUUUCUUCCAAUCUUCAUCCAGCGUCUCUUCUUCCUGGUCUCGGGUCAUGUCAGUCCUUACUGUCCAUUCCAUCUAGUCCAUCAACCCGGUAAUCUUAUAUCCGAGGCUCUUAAGUCUCUUCCAUGUCCCUUCUGCAGAUCUUCUUCUUCUUGUUUAUACCUGCACUUUUCCUUGUCUUUUGUUGGUCUCUUUCUUAAUUUCUUUCCUUUCUCAUUGAGGAGUAGGUCUCUGGGAGAUUCCAGCCCAAGAUUAUCUCCAUCUCCCUUCAUCAAACCAGCCCAUUCCCCACAGUCCCACUCCCCACAGUCAUCAAUGUAAUCCAAAAAAUAUUUAAGAGCAUAUUUCAAAGUCCCUCUGAAGUUAAGAACCUCCUCAGCUCCAGACUCCCCCUGGCCCACUCCAGCUUCAAUCUUCAAAGACAGCGGCUUAUGCUCCUGCAGGGCCUCGGAUCUCUCCAUUUGUAUUAUUUGAGGUGCAACCGCAACCUCCUCCAUUAUCUUCUGCACUUGCCCCAUCAAUACAGGUUCCUGAGUUGGUCCCUGAAUGGUUUCUGUAUCAAUAUUCCCUGUUUGUCCACAGUUAUUGACCACAACAGUCAUCAAAUCCGUUUUCUCAUUCAUCAGAUCCAUCUUCUCAUGCAUCUGUUCCAACAAAGCACUUGUCUUGCAUAAAGCAAGCACCAAAACUUCCUCCCAGCUCAUUUUUAUUCGUGGUCAAAAGGACUGAUCCCACGAUCUUAAUCUCACAGCUGUAGAGUCCUCAAGUAGACUGCAGCAACAAUUUAACAAGCUCCCUCUAGAGGAGACAAUUUCUAUUUGUAUCCAUCUUUUUAAGGCAAAUCCAACAAAGGAAAAUUACUUUCAUUUUUCAGAUACUGUAUUUUGUUUCUUUAGAAUGCAAAAGGCAACAUUGGAAUCAGUUUAUUUCUCUUCUUUGGCUAUCUGUCAAAGUAUUCCAUUCACAGUCAGUGAACCUCUCCAACAAUUUCUGUCUCUGACCCCCCCGGUCCCAGGUUUGAGACGGUGGAAGCUUAUCUUUCUUCACUCCCUCUCCUGCAGGCUUAAACAAAGAUCCCCCCCCUUUCUCCUGCUUCCAAGUUUUAGUGGUUAUAAAUGAAGGAAAUUUAGACUUUUUUAACAACUUUCCGGACUUUAGCUUACAAGGUUUUUGCUUCAGUCUAUAUACAAAAAGCGGAAGGCGGACUUCCUGUUUGAACCUUCCCGCUUCGGUGCCAAAUUAGGGUAUUUCUUGAUCCAAUUUUCCGUUUCUACUCACGGGUACUUGUUUUAAAUCCAAUUGUCCACAGGAAAAAGUCAGCGCUCUCCGGCAAUGGCUGUGCGGCUUCACUCCGUGAAAGUAGCAAUCAGUUUGCAGCACCGCGCCGCUCACCCCACUUCACUCCGGAACCCCAAAAUGGGGUUCCCCGUGAGUAGGGGAGGCGCUCCUGGUGCCCUGCCGAACCCCACAUUCCCAGGCUUCCUCCGCCUGGGAUUUCUAGCGGGUCCCCACCUUCGCCACGGCGGGAAGACCCAGUUUCCACGGAGCCAGUUCCUUCAGUUGGAGGAACUCCGCCAUUCGCCGAUGGCGCUAACCCGGAAGUCCUUUACGUCACUCUUUCUACAAGAGAGCCAGGAAAUCUGGUGUGGAGAAGCUUUCAGCCUUCUUUGGACAAUAAGAUAUGCAGCCUUGGUGCUUGAUGAUGCGGCCUCGGUCCAGUAUAUCUGAAGGAGCAUCUCCACCCCCAUCGUUCUACCCUGACACUGAGGUCCAGCACUGAGGGCCUUCUGGUGGUUCCCUCACUGCGAGAAGCCAAGUUACAGGGAACCAGGCAGAGGGCCUUCUCAGUAGUGGCACCCGCCCUGUAGAACACCCUCCCACCAGAUGUCAAAGAGAACAACAACUACCAGACUUUUAGAAGACAUCUGAAGGCAGCCCUGUUUAGGGAAGCUUUUAAUGUUUGAUGCAUUGCUGUAUUUUAAUAUUUUGUUGGAUGUUGCCCAGAGCGGCUGGGGAAGCCCAGCCAGAUGGGUGAGGUAUAAAUAAUAAAUUUUUUAUUAUUAUUAUUAUUAUUAUUAUUAUUAUUAUUAUUAUUAUUUAUUUCGGGGCAGGGAGACUAUGCCCCCUCCGACUUCCACAUGCCUGCCUAGGCACCCUUGAUCAGCUUCUUCCACCAGGAAUUACAAAAAUCUGUAGGUGACUACCAUCAUAGGGGCUGCCACUUCCAUCAUAGAUGGUGUCAGAAGGGAUUGGGGGACAAAUGCCUUCCAAACAAGCAGUUCACCCUCCACUUACCGCCUGCCAUUUCUGAACUCUUGUCAUUAAACAUAUUGUCAUGGACUGGCUGGAGUCAGAGGAGUGGUCGGAGGCACUAGCUGGGGAAUCCUCAGGGGAAGAAGGCUCAGAGCCCAGGGGAUUGGGGGUGGAAUGACGAUGAGUGGUCAGAGGGAGAAGGGGGAGCAGACUGGGAGAAGGACCUGUUGGAAGAUGAAGAGAUAACGGGGUUUAGUGAGCAGGAAGAGGCUAUGGCAUACUGCAGUCCAGAGUCAGAGACAGAAGCAGAGGAAACAGAGAUGGUGCUGCGACCAGCUCCCCUCUCUCCUGGUCUCCUAGAACACACAAAGAGGGCAGAGUAGAGAGUGGUUGUGAGCAGAUGCAGUCUGUGACUGCUUGGGAAAGACCCUCAAGAAGAGGAGCAUUAGAGAGCGGUGGGAAGGAGAGGGCCAUCCGUCCUUGCAACUACAGUCGUACCUUGGUUUUCAAACAGCUUAGUUCUUGAAUGUUUUGGCUUCCAAACGCCGCAAACCCGAAAGUGACCGUUCCGGUUUGCGAGCUGCUUUGGAAGCCAAAUGUCCGACACGGCUUCCUGCAGCCAAUCGGAAACUGUGCUUUAGUUUCUGAAUGUUUUGGAAGUCGAACGGACUUCUGGAACGGAUUCCGUUUGACUUCUAAGGUACAACUGUACCUCAUUGCAGCAAGACUUACUGGGAAGCGGAUUCUAGGAUCACUAGGCCUGCGCUGUUUCAGCUUCCUUGAAUAAAGAAUUAACUUUAUUGCGUUACCAGAUUCCAUUCACUAAUAUCUUCUCUAAACCUCUCUCCUUCAUUAAGCAUGGCUGUUAAUUUCCACGUUUUCCUAAGAAGCCCAUUUUUCUAGGUUUUCCCAUGGUUUUGCAUAUAAUGUUUGAUCCAGGAUUUUAAUAUUGUUAUGAAUCUGGGGGUGCAAGAUGUCCUAAAUUCCCAAUAAAUUUAAAGCCAGGUUUUAAUUAAGGUUUGGGGGUGCCAAAACUAAUUUCCUUGGAAGUAAUAGCCAGACUCAUGUGUAUUUAAGAUGUGUGUUAGCCCCUGUUAAUCUCCUGGGAUAAGCAUAUAUGAAGAGUUAAUUAACCUAGGCAAUUUUCCUAAAUUGAGUAUCAGCCAUCCAUCCCCCUUUAAUCCUAGGCAAUCAACAUGGGUGAAAGCUAAUUUUCUUUGGGGGUAUUGAGCCACUGGCAAGUCAAAGGACAACAAGGCAAAUCUCAUUUGCAAAUGGAUGGGUUUCCUUCGUCCCUGAACAGAAGGAUGUAGUUUUAAAGGCAGUACCAUAGUUUUAGAGGGAGGACUGGAGUUUUAGAAUGGCAGUUUGGCAUUAAGAAACAAUGUGCUGCAGAGAGAUGCUGGUGUCAGUUCAGUGCUGUGCAAAUGAGAGGGACAGAACCCUCUUUGGGAUAUUGAUGUGCUGAACUUUCUCUGUUGAAAUCUUCAGGUUGUGUGUGUGUGUGUGUGUCCAUAUAUCAGAAAGGCACUGUAGUCUCUGCUGUGCCUAAUUGUCCAAAAGGAACCACAAAUCCUGUGUAAAGCAUGCCUGGUACCCCUGGAAUCUCACAUCACUCAUAGGGGUGGCAUGCAGUAGUAUGUUAAGAGUUGAGCGAACUUGUUGCCUGGAGGAUGUAGAAGUGAAGCUACUUACAAAAUCACAUGUUUAUCAAGGCAAAUUUAUUCUUGGCAUUCAGUCAGUGUUUUACAUUUGAUGCCAAAUGACAGGCACAUUUAGAUUCUGAAUUUGAUGUUUAAGACCGUUCUGCCGAGAAAAGAAGACAAGAGAAAGCAAGAGUAUCUUGGGCAAAGUAUUGUGCCACUGUAUUUAGCAGCUCAUGGUUUUUGAUCCCUUAGCUACCGUUAUGUUACUGUGCUUAAUACUGGUGUGUAAUUUUUAUAUCUUUUCAUAUCUUGCAUUGCUACAAACAAGCUUAGGAAGAUACCGUGCUUGACUGUGUGCAAGUUUGGGCUCUGUUGUUUAAAAAGCCAACUCAGUAAUUAGUACCUCUUCGGGUUGGUUUUUAACUUGUAAUCGUGUAGGAACCACAGGGCUGUGCACACCCUCAACCUUGCAUAUAACCUCCAGAAAACAGUCCACAGUUUUGCACAAUUGUGCAGGAAACUAAAGUUGUUGGGUUAAAAAUCAUGAAGAAGCAGCACACAUUGGGAGAUAUCUGGGGUCUAAUUUGGAGUAAUCGGCAGCCAUGUUCUUCAACUCUGGCAUGCUUAGACAUUCCCAGCAAAGUAUGAACCAGUAUGUCCACACUCCUUCAAAUAAUAGCAGCUUUGCGGCACACUUCCUGUAGCGACAGACGGAAAGGUUUUCUUCUUCCUCACGUAACCUUUUUUACGUGUGGUUCUGUUAUGAAACAGGAUUUCUGUUGCGUGUCGAGGUCCCCAGGGCCACCCCAAUAACUCACACAUCACAGAGAAUUUUUGUUUAAGAUUUUUGGCAUAAGUUUGGCCACAACUUUAUUAAAAUACAAAUUUGUGAGUGGUUGCUUAGGCAUUGGUUGCGACUAUCUGCCCCCACCGUGGGGGACAGACUGACAUUCCGCACGAUGCGAAAGUCAGAAUAGGGGAAUACACUUGGGGGUAGCGACGGAGCAGGGAACCUGCCCUCACCCCAAAUGCAACCAGGAGCUCAUUGCUAUGGCCCGACCCCCUUGACAGAGUGGACAAGCAAUAGUUAGCCCCCAAUUCCUUUAAUGGAAUCCCUUGCAGCAGCAGCAUUAGAGGGGCAGGCACUCAACCUACCAAGGGCAGGCACUCAACCACUGCCCCUCAACCAACCAAACCAUAAACCAAUGCCUAACCGCAACCUUACAAGUUGUGACGAUUUGCUACGCAGUAGGCAAAAACCAAAUGGCCCCAGCCAAUCAGCCAGAUGGACAAAAUUCCUACCAGGCCCCUGCCCCAAGAGCAGACGACCCCAUGACAGGCAUAGCAAGGUCAAAGCAAACAACCCUAAUUCUAGGGAGGGGGGAUGGGCAAUCCGAUGCACGGUCGAAAAGAGGAAGCCCUAGCCUCGUGCAAGGAGUUUUAGCAUUUCUGGCUGUCAAUCAACAAAUGGCAACAUUAACUUCUUCCCAACAACAAGGGAAGCCCCAAUCGCAUCAGUGGCCAACGAUCUAUUAGCCCGCCCCCAACUUUGGAGUGUCCUGGCAGCCCCCACCGCAACACGUGCUCUCCAUGAAGGAGAACAUGCUUUGUAGACUGCCCCUUCAGUGAUGUAUAUAUAUAUAUUUUUAAAAAAUAAUAUUUAUUAAUUUUCCAACUGUUUAAACACAACAAAACAGAAAAACAAAAAAAACAGAAAAAACAUAAGACUAACAAAACAAGACACAAACCAUUUAAAACACAAAACAAUUUCAAUAUCUUAUCUUUCAUUCCCUUAUUUCCACGACCUCCUCACACCUCCCUUUUGUAUUCCACUUCUGUUAAUUGUUUCAGCAAUUCCUUUCCAUCUUCCUCUGUUUUCUAUCCUAUAAUUAUCUUAACAUAUUCUAAUCUUAUUUUUCCCUUUAAUACUCUAUUAGUCUAUUUAUACUUGAUUCCUUAUAGCAUUUCUACUAAAGCCAUAUAACUUCAUUCCAACAUUUUUCUAACAUUCAUUAUUUUUACAGUAUUUCUAUAAAUAGUCUUAAACUUUUUCCAGUCUUCUUCCACCGACUCUUCUCCCUGGUCUCGGGUUUCUGCCAGUCGUUUCUGCCAAUUCCAUAUAGUCCAUCAACUUCGUCUGCCAUUCUUCCCGAAUAGAUAAGUCUUGUGUCUUCCAGUACUUCACAAUGAGUAUUCUUGCUGCUAUUGUUGCAUACGUGAAAAAAGUUCUAUCCUUCUUUAACACCAAUUGGCCGACCAUGCCCAGGAGGAAGGCCUCUGGUUUCUUCAAAAGGGUAUAUUUAAAUACCUUUUUCAUUUCGUUAUUGUCAGGGAACUGACAUCGGAGCUAGAGGCGGAGGGGAGGCUCUCAAAUGAUGCUGGAGAAGGGCCCAGCAGGGAGAGAGGCAGCUCAGCAGAUGGGGAAGCAAAUCAGCGCAACACCAGAGAUAAAGGGGGGCAGAUGGGGGAAUCGGCGAGAGGGCUCCAGGACUCUUCACCGGACACCAGCGGGGAGAGCACGGGUCCUCCGCUACCCACGCCCUCCCUGCGCGGAAGCCUUCUGCGCAGGGAGAGUAGGAGGAGACUUGGCGUCAAACAACUUUUAUGUUGGAAAAGGUUUAAGAAACGCCCACUGAUGGAUUCUGCUAGCGACUGAGGCAGCCACGAAGUGAAGGGCUGUCCAGACAGAAAGGUUUAAACAAGGCAACAUAGCCAGGAGAGGCGGCAACUUACGCACGAGCAACCCAUACUCAUUACAGUUAUGAAUCAUCUCCCAAAGUGUCUUAAUCCUUGGGCAUGUCCACCAAAGGUGAACUCUAAUCCUCAGAUUCGUCUGUUUUUCUGUAAGUUCAGUCAUAGCAAGCUUCAACUUAUGUUCAUCAAAUUGUCUCUGUAGGGCCUUCAGUGAUGUAUAUAUGAUGUAUAGGGGGGUGGCAUUGAGCUACAGGGUGGGAAUUUCGAAAGUCUAUAUAAGAGCUUGCACACCAAUGUUCUGGGUUCCUCCUCCCUCCUGCUUGGGGGUGUGAGCACCCUGCUGAAACAGUUUAAUAAAGAUCAGGCUUACUAGCUGCUUUGCUUCUCAAUAUUCUCUGGUUGGCCUCUGUUAUUUUCUUCUGCCCAUACGGAACCUACAGAAGGACUCUAUACAGCAGGGGUUGGCAACAUGUAGCCCAUGGGCUGGAUGCGGCCCAUGAAGACGGUUUUACCAGCCCACAAGCCACCCCUCAACCAAGCCACCCACUUGGCGAGUCCCCUGCGUGCUGUGCUAAAGCGGCGCAGCGUGGGGACUCGCUGAGCGGCGUCAGAAAUGGCGUCUGCGCACAUGCAGAUACUGGAAAUCGCGUCUGCACAUGUCCAGACUCUGAAAAUCGCUUCUGUGCAGGUACGAUUUUUGGCGUCUGGGCAUGCGCAGAAGCAAUUUCCGGCACCUUGGACAUGCACAGACGCAAUUUCCGGCAUUACGCUGCACCCGUCCGGCCCACGAACAAUCUCUGUGGGAGUGAUCCAGCCCGUGGCCAGUAAACCUUGCCGACCCCUGUUAUACAGGCUUUUGGGUACCCCAUAAAGGAAAAGGAGCAGUUUUUUUCUUAUAACAAUUUGGCGAGCCAGGUCCAGGGGUUUCGGUUGACUGGAUUCUGGGGGCGAGGAGGGACUGAUGGCUCAGUGUGCACCAGGCCAGGUUCAUACCCUCCCCUCUAGUUACAGGUGGGGUUUCUGCUUUCCUGUGCUCAGGUCCCAUUUAAAUCAUGUGGGAAUAGCAGCAUGUGGGUGAGAAGUUCACGCACCAGCUCUGCAUUGUCCUGGGAAAAGUUGUACAUGACAAUUGGCACCAUUCAAACAUUACUGGAGUGGUGGGGGUUCCAGCCUUGAGAAGAUCAGCCCUUGGUGAUGACAGAUGUUAACAAGUUUGAAGCUUUGGGUAAAACAUUUCACCAAGAUUCAUCACUACUCUUGGCUGGAUUGACAUGAAGUGGGUGUAUCCUCAAACAAAAAUCUCCAAUUUUGGGCUAACUUUGAUAUAUUGUUUUUUAAACACCCACAUUUCACUUCCAGCCUCAGGCUCCUUAUGCUUCUGCCUUCUUUCUGAUGCCACCAAGAUACCAAACACUGAUGCUUAGAUAGUAUGGGAAACAGCCUUACUAGAAAAAUUAACCAAUAAACUGAAAGUGACAUGGGGACAAAUAGAAGAAGACGCCUUCACGCCAGUAUGGCUCCCCUUUAUCACAUACACAGCCCAACAAGACAAUGACAAAAAUCCACCAACAGCAUACAAAUCAAUAUGGCUAACCUGAUCCAAAACACCCACACACCCCAUUCACAGAUGAAAACAAAGACCACCGCAGCCAACUACAAAUGAACAACCACACCCUAGGCCAACCCCAACCUCUCUCACCACCAAAGGAACAUAAGUGAACAGCAAAGAACCUGCGCAAGCAACACUGACACCAAUCCCUACAUAUAUUAAGUAAAAUAGAAACAUCAUCACCCGACCCCACCCCCACCUCUUUCCCCAUUUUCUUCCUAAUGUCUCAACAAAUGAAACUGAUUUGUAAAAAUGUUACAGUAGUACCUCGGGUUAAGUACUUAAUUCGUUCCGGAGGUCCGUUCUUAACCUGAAACUGUUCUUAACAUGAAGCACCACUUUAGCUAAUGGGGCCUCCUGCUGCUGCUGUGCCGCCAGAGCCCGAUUUCUGUUCUUAUCCUGAAGCAAAGUUCUUAACCUGAAGCACUAUUUCUGGGUUAGCGGAGUGUGUAACCUGAAGCGUAUGUAACCUGAAGUGCAUGGAACCCGAGGUACCACUGUACAUGGAAAAAAUACGAGAGAGACACUGCACAUACUUUUGUAAAUCAAUAAAAUCUUUAAUAAAAAUACAUUAAAAAAAAAGUGUUUCCCUAAGGAAAGACAUGAAGUAGCCUGCUGUUGUGCCUAUCUAUUGAUCGUUGGUUUUGUUAACUCUCUUGCUUCCUCUUUUCCCCCCUUUAGUAUUAGAGCUCAACUCUACGCAGAGAUUAAAAAUGAGAAAACUUGUUGUUUAAAGAAACACCUUCCUAGAAUCAAUUUGAUUUUAAAGGGAAAAACCAGCCAUCUGUGCAACCAAUUUUCUUUCUGCGUCUUUGAUUUCAGAUGAUGGCAAACUGUCCUUUGAUGAAUUCAAAGCUUACUUCGCUGACGGAAUCCUGAGCAGAGAGGAACUGCAUGAGCUGUUUCACACCAUCGACACGCACAAUACAGAGUGGGUAACGUUAUUUAAAAGUCAUAUGCGCAGCCUUUAGAAAGGCAGUAUGGUUGUGCAAUAUGAAUUUUCCUGGGAAAACUGCAGCUUUACGAAUAGCAUAUGAAAUGCCAUGGAACAGCAGCCUAUAUAUACCCUGUUUGGUGCCCAUGGCCUGCAUUCUGUGUUUCUAAACAAGAUGCUACAAAAAUAACAAUAAAUGGGUAAUUCAUCUCCCUUGUAACUCCCAGUUUCUGGUUUUUUCCACCCCCAAUGUUCAGCCUGGACACUGAGAUCCAGUGCUGAGGGCCUUCUGGUGGUUCCCUCGUUGCGAGAAGUGAGGUUACAGGGAACCAGGCAGAGGGCCUUCUUGGUAGUGGCACCCACCCUGUGGAACGCCCUCCCAUCAGAUGUCAAGGAAAUAAACAACUAUCUGACUUUUAGAAGACAUCUGAAGGCAGCCCUGUUUAGGGAAUUUUUAAAUGUUUGAUGUUUUAUCACAUUAUUAUUAUUAUUUUAUUAUUAUUAUUUUGGGAGCUGCCCAGAGUGGCUGGGGAAACCCAGCCAGAUGGGCGGGGUAUAUAUAUAUUAUUAUUUAUUUUGCCUCUUUUGAGAAGGAAGGCUCGUUAUAAAUCAAUGGUAGAGCACCAUGACCCUGUACGUAUGUUAUUUGUGUUUCAGCUGGCCUCAAAGGUAGUUCCAGUUUCAUAGAGCAGGCAUUCUGCUGUUCUCUUGGAGUCCUCUGUGGUGCAUGGAAGGUGUGCGACCAUGUGACUAGGGACCCACUUAAGAAUAUUACAGGUUCCCCAUCCAUAUUCUACACCUGCUUGAAAAGAGGCGUGACCAUAGCUCAGUGCUUAGAAUGUCACACAUUUCCAGGCUGAUCCUUGGUGUCUUUGAUUAGAAAGGCCAGUGUUGCUAGAUAGGAUGUUGAGCCUGAGCCUAGGAGAUGUGAGUUCAGGUGCCAUCAUAGCCUAUGUCUCAGAGAGUAGCCUUGGGUAAGUUGCUAUUGGUCAUUAUUGAUUUCCAGUUUAUUAAAUGCAAAUGAUAAUACAUCACUUGGACCAGUGAUUGCAAAGAGCCACAGUCCUGUAUACUUACUUGGGGAAAGUCUCCUUGAACUCUGUGGGGUUUGCUGCUGAGUAAACAUGCAUAGAACUGGGCUAUGUCAUUAAUAUUAGGAAGCAUUUUUUAAAUAACAUUUUAUUAAUUUUCCAAUAGUAAGAAAAAUAAAACAAACAGCAAUAAUGAAAAAAGAAUCCAAACAGAACAAAUUGACUUCCCCCUAUUCCCUUCCUUGGUUCCAUUGUAUAUCAAGAUACUACAUGUCCAUUGUAAAAAUUUAACCAUUUGAAUUACUUAUUGUCCAUUCAUAAUAAAAUUACAAGUAUUCUUAAAACCCUGCUAAUGUAUUAACCUGUGUACAUUGCUUCUGUAUAUCAUUUUCUUCCUUCCUUCUGGAGCCAACCAGCUUUGCUCCCUUUUCUUCUGGCUUGGCUCCUCUGCCUUGCAUUGGUGUAUGAUUUCCCCAGAAACUGCAUUCUUACAUUAUUCCUUUGAUUAUUAUCCACCCGCCACUCUAAGGUCCCAGAGUGGGUUGCAGUUUAGAACACGGCAUUAUUUAUACCACAAUAUAAAUAUUUUCAGUGUUUUCAACACUGGCCCCGGCCUGGUGGAACACUCUGUCUCAUGAGACCAGGGCCCUACAGGAUCUGAUUUCUUUCCGCAGGGCCUGUAAGACAGAGUUGUUCUGCCUGGCCUUUGGCUUGGAGCCAGUUUGAUUCCCUCCCUCCCUCUCUUUCUUUUUUCUUUUCCUUCUCCUCCUGCGAUGAGGCUACAUUUUAAUAUUUUAAUGUUCCAUUAUUUUAAUGUUGUAUUUUAUUUUUGUUUUUAAGUUGUAAUCAUUCAUCUUGUUUUUAUUAUUGCUUGUAAGCUGCUCUGAGCCCGGCCUUGGCUGGGGAGGGUGGGGUAUAAAUAAAAAAAAAUAUUAUUAUAAUUAUAAUAUGUUGUGAUGCAGUUACUGGGAAAGUCAUGCCAAUUGCACUAUUUCACCUUGAAUAUCUGCGUUAUAGUUCAGAGGGGAACAUGGUCAAUCAUGAGCUAAAAGAAAUAAUUGCCUACUUAAUAUUUAGAGCUGCUGCAGAAGUCAAUUCUGAGCUUUAGUAAGAAGCAAAAGAGCUGCUCUGCUGGUAUAUCUUAUCUGUAGCUCAGUGAAAGGUGAAAGCGAAGAAUAUGCAAAUCGGGAAGAUCAACCCUCAAGUUACACCCUGCCAUUUGCUGGAACAGGGCUCAAAAUUCCACUUUAAGACGAUUCAAAAUUACAAUUAGAGGCUCUGGGCUCAGCUGGUGUAUGGAGGCCUUACAUCAAAUCUGCAGCUACCUUUACCAAGCUUUACUGAUUACUCUGAUUAACACCAGCUGUGGCCUUGAACCUCGCCACCCCAUCAUUCCUUUGUGAAACAGUGGGGGACUGUUUUUACCCUAUCAGAAAAAGGAAAGAAAAGGACUAGUUUGUAAACUCACAGAACGGGUCCUCUCUACACAUGGCGAGGAGUUUUAACACUUCAACCACCACACCAUAGCCCUGUGCAUUCAAUGAAUGGGAGAGAGGGAGGUGUCACUGUUGUCUCAUCACGCCAACAGGUUUUUCUCUAGGAGGACAGCCCUCUGUUUGAAGAAGUGCUCUAUCUGGUCCAAAUCUGGUUUGAGGGUAAAGAAGGGGAGCACGGGGCUAUGAGGUUCCUCAUCACCAGUUAGUGGGUGGACAGCAGCCCCAGCACACACACGAAAACACAGGUCACCUGCUCACAGGCUGCCCCAGACCCUCUAAGUGUCCCUAUUUUCCAGGGACAGUCCCAGAUUUACAGAAGGCAUCCAAGUUUCUAAUUUGAUCCCAGAAUGUCCCAAUUUUCAGUGGAGAAAUAUUGGCAGGUAUGGUAAAGGUAAAGGGACCCCUGAUCAUUAGGUCCUGUCGCAGAUGACUCUGGAGUUGUGGCACUCAUCUCGCUUUACUGGCCGAGGGAGCCGGCGUACAGCUUCCAGGUCAUGUGGCCAGCAUGACUAAGCUGCUUCUGGCAAACCAGAGCAGUGCACAGCCGUUUACCUUCCUGCCAGAGCGGUACCUAUUUAUCUACUUGCACUGCAUGCUUUCGAACUGCUAGGUUGGCAGGAGCUAGGACCGAACAACGGGAGCUCACCCCGUCGUGGGGAUUCGAACUGCCGACCUUCUGAUCAGCAAGCCCAAAGCUCUGUGGUUUAACCCACAGCACCACCAGUGUCCCUAUUUUCAUCAGAGGAAUGUUGGAGAGUAUAAAUAGUAAAAUGUGACCCCAAACCAUCUGAAGACAGCCCUGUGUAGGGAAGCUUUUUAAUGUUUAAUUGUGUUUUUAUAUAUCAUGGAAGCCUCUCAGAGUGGCUGGAGCAACCCAGUCAAGAUGGCUAGGGUAUAAAUAGUAAAAUUAUUAUUAUUGAAUAAGAUAUCCCUAUUUUUACUUAAGAAAUGUUGGAGGGUGUGCUUCUCUACUAUGGCGAGGUGUAUUGUAUCUCUGUCCAAAUUAUAGGCAUUACUUUAAAAUGUGCACCCUUACACCAGUUUUAGGGUAAUGGGACCAGUGUGGUCACACUGGGUGCCCCACUGCAUGGGGUGCCAAAACAAUGCUGUAGAACAGAGUGUGAGGGGCAGGGGGAGUGCUGAAUUUUAGUGUUGUGCAGGGCGCUGCUGAAAUUUGAGAGAAUACAGUGGUACCUCGGGUUAAGUACUUAAUUCGUUCCGGAGGUCCGUUCUUAACCUGAAACUGUUCUUAACCUGAAGCAGCACUUUAGCUAAUGGGGCCUCCUGCUGCCUCCGCGCCACCGGAGCAUGAUUUCUGUUCUCAUCCUGAAGCAAAGUUCUUAACCUGAAGCAUAGUUUGUAACCUGAAGCGUAUGUAACCUGAACAGUGGCGUAGCGUGGGGGGUGCAGGGGGGGCCCGGCCGUGCCGGGCGCAACAUCGGGGGGGCACGCUCGCACUCGCAGCUCUCUGCCCCCUGCUAAAAUCCACGGGUUAGGGGGCGCAAAUUACUUGCCUUGCCCCGGGUGCUGACAACCCACGCUACGCCACUGAACCUGAAGCGUAUGUAACCCGAGGUACCACUGUAUGUGAAUUUUAUGUAUCCUCUUUUUCUUUUGAUGAUGAAUUGCAAAUGGCUACCCGACUCCCAACCAGCACAUAUUCAUUAGAAAGUCAGGAAACAGCACUCAUGCAUACAGCUGCAUAACUGGACAGCAGUCUCCACGUAAUUCAAACUCUCUUGUGUUUGGGGGGUCGUCCACACUUCUGCUUGCCCAUGCUUUCUAGGCAUGGGUCCGAGUGGUUUUCCAUUUGCCCCACCGCAUUCCCCAGGAAAACCUGCUGUUUUCCACUCAAUCAGAACAAACUGCAGAAAACCCGACAUACUUCAUUCCAUUUUAGCACUAAACAGCAGUUUCCCCUGGGCAAGCGUAAAUGUGGAUGGCACCUUAGAUUUGCACAUGACCUAUCUACAGAUAUUCCAUUUAAUACACAUAUGCAGGGCUGGAUUUAGGUCUGGUGGGGCCCUAAGCUACUGAAGGUAAUGGGGCCCUUUAUAUGUCCAGCUGUCCUUUGUCAACAACAAAUUGUCGCUGUUUUUUGUGUUGAAUAUAUGCUAUAUGGUAAUUUAUGGACCUAAUAUGUGUUGAAAGCCAUUUGCACAUAACAAAUAGGAGCCUACACAACACAAAACACGGUUGCUGUGUGUAGAUUUUAUUUUAUUUGUUUUUUAUCUUAUAUUUUGGAAAUGUACAUCCAGUGGUUUUUUCCUUUAAAUUUUUUGGGGGCCCCCAAGAGACUGGCGCCCUAAGCUAUAGCUUGUUUAGCUUAUACAUGAAUCCGGCACUGCCCAUAUGCCCCAAUAUGUGUUCAUUUAGCACACCAAGAAUGCCUGUAAACUGCUAGAGGGGGAGGCUGGAUGCCUCUGGCAGAACGUGCCAGGUGGCCUCAGGCAUGCAUUAAGCUGUAAGAGCUCCCCAAGGUCUGUUUAAUAGCCUUCCAGCUAGUUCUAUAGGUAAUGUUAGGAUCUUUGCAGAUGAACCGUUCACACUACAUAAGAUGCACAGUAUUUGCACAUUAGUUGUGAGGUCAAAUUUAUUCCCCCAAGGCAGCGCUUCUGCUUUGAGGAUCUUGGGUUUUCCCCAGACUCUGAGGGCAAUGUGAUAAUAACUGUAUGAAUCCUGUUUUUUAUUUAUUUGUUAAUAGCUUGUUGCCUAAAUCCCCAGAAAUGUUAAAUCCAAAGCUUAUCCUUGUUAUUUUCCUGUUGUGUUGGCUUAAGUGCUCAUUAGGAUAACAGGCAGGAGAAUACCAGGGUUCUAAAGAUAGAUAAAGAAAGGAGGACUUGUUCUAUAAUGUUACAUUUCAAUUGUUGUUUUUUUAACUGUAACCAGCCAGUCAGCCUGAUGAUAGGCUGCUACUUCUGCUGCUUUGUUGCAAACAGCAGCAUCUUAUAAACGGCAGCAGUAAAUCCAUAGUUACUCCCUGGAAUUUGUUACAAGCAAAUGCAUUCAGUUCAUAGUAUCUCCAUUAAAAAGUUAAAUGUGUACGUCUUAAAAGCAGUGACAUGAGCCAUAGUCUUCACAUUGUGUUGUCACUGCCCAAAGAGCAAAUUACGAAAAGCAUAUCCAGAUGUCUCGAGACUAGUUUCCAGGUGGAUAAAAUUGCAUAAUUCUUAGUUCCAGUAUCUUCCAUAGUGCAAGGCAUCUUUCAGCGUGCUGGGGGGAUGCAUGAGGUCCAUAAUUUAGGAGAGGUGGCAUAGAUCCUCCAGGCAAAGCAUGUGCUCAAGUGGACAGUUUUUAAGAUGUGUUCCGGAAGAGUUGUGAUUGACAAGGAUGAAGCCAGCAUCAAAUCAGUUUGGGUUCGGGGAGGUUCCAGGUCCAGCAUGCCUUGUUGUUUAGUCAUUUAGUCGGGUCUGACUCUUCGUGACCCCAUGGACCAGAGCACGCCAGGCCCUCCUGUCUUCCACUGCCUCCCACAGUUUGGUCAAACUCAUGUUUGUAUCUUCGAGAACACUGUCCAACCAUCUCAUCCUCUGUCAUCCCCUUCUCCUUGUGCCCUCCAUCUUUCCCAACAUCCGGGUCUUUUCCAGGGUGUCUUCUCUUCUCAUGAGGUGGCCAAAGUGCUGGAGCCUCAGCUUCAUGAUCUGUCCUUCCAGUGAGAACUCAGGGCUGAUUUCCUUAAGAAUGGAGAGGUUUGACCUUCUUGCAGUCCAUUGGACUCUCAAGAGUCUCCUCCAGCACCAUAAUUCAAAAGCAUCAAUUCUUCAGCGAUUAGCCUUCUUUAUGGUCCAGCUCUGACUUCCAUACAUCACUACUGGGAAAACCAUGGCUUUAACUAUACGGACCUUUGUUGGCAAGGUGAUGUCUCUGCUUUUCCAGCAUGCCUACAGAAUAGCAAUGCUGGAAUAGCUCAGUUAGUACAGCAUGAGAAUCUUAAUCUCAGGGUCAUGCUUUUGAGCCCCACGUUGCGCUGGACUAUAUCCGAUCUUUAUUGAGCACCAAUUCUGACUUGUUUGCAGAGACGUGAUGACAAAUUAUCAUUCGUCUUGAUUUGCUGGUGCAGUGUUUACACAGCUUCCCAUUAAUCAUUGGUUCAUCUCACACUUUUCAGUGUGUUUCCCUAUCACUUUCCUAACAGCAAAAAAAAACCACUAAAAAAAAAAGUAAAAUCUAUUUGUUGCAAGAGUGCUUUAAUCGCAUAACCUAGAGUUCCAAUUUGUGCUUGAAUUUCCCCUGCAAAAUACUGACAAUCUGGAAGCAAUCUCACUCCUCCCCAGGGACAUUUCAUAUGCCUCCUCAGUAAGCUAGGUCCAACAUUUCCUAAAGCGGGAAUAUCAUUUCUGUCAGUCUCUGGAAAUUUAUUCCCCUUGUGGUCAAGCAUAUUCACACACACCUACUUUCUCCAAGUUACUUGCCAUUUGUUUCAGAGGUCCUGCUGUAGGGGUGGUCUGCCGUCGCAUUGGCUUGUUAGGAAGGACUGAACUAUAAAUUUGGGUGCUUCAUGUGGGCACAUUUUUAGGCUGACAGUAUUUUCUAAAACACCGGAAUAAUUGUCAUUUAAAUCAUUUUGAACUUAGACUUAUGUUGAGGAAGCGUUCUUCUAACAGUUAAUAGAUAGCGAGAGCGCAAUUUGAAAAACCUCAUUACAGAAGCAAAUGUUCUUGCUCCUGCGCCUGCCUAGGAAUUGUUUUAAUAAUGGGAUCCUCAGGGAAAUGGUGUCAAGGAAAAAGAUGGGAGCAUUCAGCAAUGCUACAAAAUGAGGAGAUGCCAAAAACUUGUAAAAAAGAAGAAAAGGUUGCAUUCUCAUUCCUGAAGUCUCAGGAAUAUCAUUGUGUGGUAGCUGCUUGAAAUAUGGCAGCUGACAAUCAUUCUUGGUUUCCUCCACUCCUCUAUUCCUCACUGCCACACUUCUGCUGGCAGAUUCUGAGGAUCAGGAGAUGACCCCACAGCUUGAAACCCUGGAGCCUAGAAUAAGCCAAUGGCUACAGAAGAACGUUCCGGAACUUUAACUUACCUGAUAACAGCAUGAAUGGGCUGAGGCCUCUAGUCAAUUAACACCUAGCUCAAGCCAUAAAUAUAGGGCAGUUGCUCCAGGUCACUGCUGAGGCAACUUGUAUGUUCUGCCUCAGCUGCAGGAUCACUAACCAUGGGACUGAAACCCAUAACUUGGUCCAUCUCCAAGGUUCCCUGUCAACUUGGAACCCAGGAACUACUGACUUCCCCUUUGCUUGAGCUAUCACACAACUGUGUGGUGGGGAUCAGGACUCACAUAGCAAAUGCAUGGAGAGGAAAUCAGGGCUGUUGUUGACCCUGCAUGCAGUGUUGACAUACUCACAUUAAGCAUAGCAUCUUCAGGUAACUUUCCACAUACAGCUGUAUGUUGAAUGCAAAUAGGACACAGGCAAGGGCACACCGAUGCGUUUAAUAUUUGGUGUAUAACUGGGGGUGGGGACAAGUGAAUUUGUCUUAGUAGAAGAAUUAUUGAUUCAUGGGUACCAUAUUAAUACGUAUGCAUAUAUCACAUGCUCUAUUUUUACAUUUAUAAACUAAGGGGGUGGGGGUGAGAUGGAGGUGGCAAUGUGUCCAUGCAAGGUCCCCUUGAAGCUGCAUAGUGUUCCAACUCCUACUCAAAACAAAUACACUUACUUGGAAGUAAGAAAGAGAUCUUUAUUCAGCCAGUAUCAGUACAGGCUCGCCAGCAGACAUGAUGCUCAGGAUUCAGUUUGGGAGCAGGGGAAGAGGUUUAGAACUAGCUGGAAAUGACAAGGAUGUCCCAACAAGUUUCCCCACUCCUCCCGCCAAGAUCUAAAGAUGAGGCUUGGCACGCUCACUCUCUCACUUUGCAGGAAUGCUGAGAUAGCAAGUGCAUUCUAUGUUGAGACGGGGGGGCUGCUCCUAUCUAUGAAGGCGGCCCCUGCUUCUUGGGGACAAUGCCCUCCUGUUUAGUCACUGCUGCUUCCUCUUCGGCCUUCCUCAGCUUCCAGUGAAACUCUCCUCUCCACAGGAAGGUCAAAGGGAGAGACAGCAUCCCUGCUCCCCAUUCUAAAGUGACUGGAGUUGGGGCAGCAAGAGGAGAGAUGCCUUCUCCUCCUCCUACCCAGGUUCCCACCAUUUAGUCCCCAUUUCUUCCUCUUCAUCCUUCAGGGCCUGCCAAGCCUUAUCCCAACAGGGCCCAACAAAAUCUGGUGCUCAGUCUACAAGUUUAUAAUACCCCACAACUCAAUAAUCCCUGUUCAAGAGUUUGCCCUUUAUGUUCCUCACAACAGCAUCUUGUGAGUUGCUGACGGCUCUUAUAAGCACCAUUCAGAGAGUUGAAUAAACUGAUCUGGUGCCUGUGUUCCCAGCUGCACAGCCAUUCUCUGACUUGAAUAAUUCUCCUACGCAAGGAAGCAAAUUGUGUUCCAGGUUUGUGGAUGGAUCUGUUGAGGGAAACGAUGACAAUCAUUGUCAUCGUGAUUUGUUAUUCACAACUGCUCCAUUCUGUAGUGAAUUUCAUUUCGUGCAUUUGUUAUGAAGGCACGGAGAACAACUGAGCUACAUCUCAAUACAAGCACCGAAUUGGAGAGAACAAAUUUACAGGUCAGAUAACGCAACUUCCAUGCAGAAUGGAAUCUUUGCACCUCCAAAUGGCAGGAAUUAAGUACUGGCUCAGAAAAAAUUCCCACCCUCCACUUAAAAACCAAUCAUGAUAUUUAUACUUGAUGCUCUGAUGUCUGCAUUGGCUCACUGAAUUUUCCAGGCACAAGGCAGGUUACUGCUUAUAAAAUACGACACACUCAAACGUGCCAGCGAAGUGCAGAGUGUUAAAUAACUUCUGGAUGACCUUGCUAUUGCAUGGAACAUCUCAGAAAUGGUGAGCUUUCCAUUAGCCUUGCCAUAGUGGUCCAUACAAUGGUAGUCUCCCAACUGGGCUACUGUAAUGCACUGUUUGUGAAGCUACCCUUGUGCCUGGUUUGGAAGUGGUAGCUGCUUAGGAUGCAAAGUUGGAUACCCGGCUUUACACCUAUUAUGCCAGUGUUGAAAGAUCUGCAUUGGCUGCCUAUUAGUUACCAAGCCAAGUUCAGGGUUUUGUGGUUAACAUUUAAGGCCUGUAGAACUUGGGGCCACCUUCCCCAGUUCGGACCAAGCCAAUUUUUAAGAUAUCCCAAAGAGACAACAUGGACCUCACCCUCUGGAAUGCCCUCCCGUAGAUGAUUCAAGGGACUACAAUAAUGACCAAGCUCUCAUUGACUUGUAAUUUUUUUAUUUUAUUUUAUUGGCACAGUUUUGUUUGCGAUACCCUGUUCUCUUUCAAUCAAAUUUUUAGGUAAUUUUAUGGAAAGGUUUUGCUUGGUUUUAAAAAAUUGUUUCAAGUAAACUACUUAGAGGUUUUUUACUAUAUGAAAUGGUAUAAAAUGUUUAUAUAAAUAAAUAAAUGUAGCCUUCAGGGUGGUUGGGCUUAACAUUUAAACAGCAACAGGAUGCACACAAUAGCAAUUACAGCACUCGUUUUAUGAUCUUCUUCUUUUUACAGCAACCUUGACACAGAAGAGCUUUUCGGUAAGUUAAUUUUUAGUCCCAAAUCCUUCCGUUCUGGGUGUGUCACGGACAGGUGGAGCUAAACAAAAGAGCUCUGUAGCCAAAGUGGCUCCUUUUUAAUCACACCACUUAAUUAUGUAAAAUGCAGCUGUGCAGAACUCCUAGGGAAGGUAAUCAAUAAACCAUUACCACUAAUGAGACUAGAUAAAUGUGCAGAAUUACAUGCACCUCUCAUAUGUCUUUUAUUCUAAAUUUCUUCUCCCCCUCUCUAGGAUAUUAACUUAAAAUGUAUCCCUCUUUUGCUUUGGGGGGGGGAUAAGGCAAAUGCUGCCUUUAAGUGAUCCUGCCCCUUUUCUCCAAUCUCCCUACUCCCCCAACACUGGAUUGUUUAAUGUGUAGAUUCUUCCAAGAUUCCCCGCUCAAAAAAAAAUCUUUGAGGGGGAGACUCCCUAGGGAAGCUCUGUCUGUGAUUUCCUAUGCUUUGUGAGCCUCCUUACAUCUUGCUUUGAUAGUUGAUAGAAAGGCGAGGGUCAUGUGAUAUUGUGUGAGGUAUUUCAGACACCUUACAAGAAGCCCUAGAAUGAUGUUCACCCUGUGAUUAUUUCCUUUUGUCACUGUUUCUGAAUUACGUGUGUAUGUAAUGUAUCUACACAAAGAGGGUUCUAUAGUACCAUCUCAAUAGCCACUUGCUGGGGCUGGUGUUAGCAUCUGACAUUCUUACUCGAGGAGGUUCAUGUCCUUUCUUUACAUUUUUGCCCAUUUUUGGUGCUGCUUUCCUUUUCAUGUCCCCUUUGCUUCAACAAUCUAUUGUACCUUUCCUUGUGCAAGCUGCUGAUUGCGUACAUAGAAGUUAGAAUACAGCACAGCAUAGCCAGAAGCUGUACCAGGUGUCAGAAAGCAUCAGACUGUUAGCAAACUAACCCCCCAUUCUAAUGGGAAGCAGCCUUCUACCGGAGUUUAGAUCCUUAUGCUUCUUGUUCUCUCUCUAUAUGUAUUUGAUUCCUAUUUUUAAAUAUAUAUAUAAAAAAUAGAAUAAUUCCUUGAUCUUUCCUCCUUUGCUUGAGCUGUGAAUUUCUGUUUCUUUUAGAAUAUUUUUCCCAACACUUGGGAGAGUAUGAAAAUGUGCUGUCUGCUUUGGAAGACCUCAAUCUAUCCAUACUGAAGGCAAUGGACUCCACAAAGAAAGUAGGAGGAAGUUUUAUUCCUGUUCUUCUGCAACACUUAGGAUCUGUCUGUCUAUCUAUCUGUCUAUCACCCGCACUUUCAUAAUACAGUGGAACCUUGGUUCUCGAACAGCUUAGUUGACAAACAAAUCGGAAGUAAGUGUUCCGCUUUUCAAAUGUUUUUCGGAAGCCGAACGUCCGACGUGGCUUCUGCUUGAGUGCAGAAAGCUCCUGCAGCCAAUCAGAAGCUGUGCCUUGGUUUUCGAACAUUUCAGGAGUCAAACAGACUUCCAGAAUAGAUUAAGUUCGAGAACCAAGGUACCACUGUGUUAUAAUAAGGUUGUGUACAACAUGCAAGAUUAUAGUAUCAGUUUAAAACAUCAGUAAUUACUGGUUGGUUAAAAAGAACAAAAUCAUAGUGCCCAGGCCUGUCUAAACAACACAGUUUUCAGAAGACUUAAAAAAAGAAGGCAAGGAUGAUUUCUGUUGGUAGGGAGUUCCACAGGCCACCCUAAAGGCUCAGUCCCUAGUAAAGGGAUGAGUCUAUUGGAGUGGACACACACACUUUAAAUUUCAAUACUCUUCAUGCCUGCAAAAGUUUUGGGAGGCUUCAAUUUCAAUUAGUUCAUAUCCCAUAACAUCCUGUUCAAAUCCGGUAACUUUUUUAUACCACAAAGGUUCUGGUUUAUUUUUGUCCCCCUUUCGUUGCACAGUAGCCCCUCCAGAAGCACCACAGCACAGAAAAAAACCCCACCAUGAAUAUCCUGUUUUGAUUCCAAGAGCAUGUUGCAAAAUAUACCCAUCUGGAGGAGGGGUUCUAGAUUGUUGUCAGAUUUUCCCAGGCGUUUUCCUCGCCCAUUUGCAGAGUUAUUGAUAAAUCCGUAUGCAGGCAACUGUUUUCAUAAGUUUGGUCAAUGAUUCGAUUUGUAAAAAUGAGAUACGUUUUUAGCCAGUGCAUCCGAAGAACUGUAUCAAAUUAGCCAGUGGCAACCGAUGAGGUUUUUAUAGCUAGCUGUGAUAAAUUAAGCAUGUCCAUCUUGUCCUCUUUUGGGAAUUCUAGACAUCUGCCUGGUUAUUGGCUAGAGAUGAACCUUUGAUGUAAUUCAGCAAGGGAAUAUCCACAAAGUAUCUGAAAUUACAUUGGAAUGUCAAAGGAUAUGGAUGGCAACUUUAGGUUGUUUUCCAAACAUUUAUCUCCUAGAAAGAUCUGCCAGAACACCCAUUUCUGUUUUUCAGUGGUAAAGCACAUGCACUGCAUGCAAAAGUAAGGUAGAAAAAAGGUAAAGGUAAAUGACCCCUAGAUGGUUAAGUCCAGUCAAAGGCGACUAUGGGGUUGUGGCGCUCAUCUCGCUUUCAGGCCGAGGAAGCCGGCGUUUGUCCACAGACAGCUUUCUGGGUCAUGUGGCCAGCAUGACUAAACCGCUUCUGGUGCAACGGAACACCGUGACGGAAACCAGAGCACACAGAAACACUGUUUACUUUCCCACUGCAGCGAUAACUAUUUAUCUACUUGCACUGGUGUGCUUUCGAACUGCUAGGUUGGCAGGAGCUGGGACAGAGCAACAGGAGCUCACCCCAUUGUGGGGAUUCGAACCGCCGACCUUCUGAUUGGCAAGCCCAAGAGGCCCAGUGGUUUAGACCACAGCGCCACCCGCAAAAGUGCCUACCUUCAAUCCAUGACAUUCCCAGAAUGGGGCUGGGAAAGACCCCUGUCUGAGACCUACUGCCAGUCUGUGCAGCAGACACUCUGGAACUAAAUAGACCACUGGUCUGACUCUGUAUCAAGCAAUUCCCUAUGUUCCUAUUAUUGACUGCCCAGGUCAAACAAUUUGAAUGUUGAGAAGCAGGACCCAAUCGCCCCUAGGUCUUUAGCGAUGCAACACACCUACACCUAGCAUCUUGCAAGAUCCAACAUGGUGCAAACUUUUCCGGGCAAUUGGCUCACUGUUUCCCAGGGGUGCCCUGGAAACAAAUGUAGAUUUUGUUGUGCAGCAGCAGACUUCAGCAGUGCAACUUAGAGGCAGAUCAACAAAGAAUUUUAGAUCUCUUCCUUCGGAAAACAAGACUCUCCAAAGCCGUAGAGGCCUUGGUCAGUUGGUGUUUUUUACUUGAGGAGAAUUUCUGAACUGGGUCCCUGGAUAAAUCAUUCAUCUUUGGUAUCCAGGGUAACCAAGUACGUUGUGAGGGGGUUUGAGAGAAAGAGAGAACGAAUGGACAAACUGUGGUCAGUCAACACCAGGUCAGUAUUGGUUGAAAACAGCAAAAACCUGAAGUCACGUAGGGAAUAAAACUGUCAUUGCCUUGUUCAAAGAGCUCUGCCCCCCCCCCCCAUAGUAAUAAAACAAUGUAUAUCCUUUUAUAUCCCUUAUUGAUUUUAUUACUCAGUUGUAACAUCACUGAGUGUGUUGCCAUACCUGGGCUUAAAUGUCUGCAAAGGAAAUCCUGCUAUCUGCUCCCUGAGCAAUUAAGAACCUUAGAAGAUCCAGUUUCUUAAUCGAGCAGGGAUCCUAGUUGUUCAUGUUAUGUCACCGGGAGAAAGAACAAGAAAUAGUAAUGCGUGGAUUAAAAAUGCCUUUAAGUCUACCCUUUGUCCCCACCCCCCUUUUAUUUUUGAAGGAUGGGACUUAAAUACAAAAGAUACCCUUACAAAAACAUGUUUGGCUGAUGCCUUGUUGUUGUGUCACUGAGGCAGAACAGGCAAAAUGCAGGGAGUGAAAGCCCCUGUGUAUUUAUAGUGGAGUGUCUGGGGAGAGGAAGAAAUGGGAAGAAAUGUGGCAUAUAAAUCCCAUUACUUCGCUCCUGGAGAUGAGCUGCUAUGAGUCACUUCUGCUGCAAAAUAGGACUGUGACCAGAUUAACAAUUGGUUUGGGGAAGGUUUUCCUUGCAUCUGUCAGGUUACAAUUUGCCUGAUCAAAGUGGAAAUCGGAAGAACUGUUUUUAGCUAUCUUUCUGUCUAACUUACCAAAACUGAAAGUAUUUAUAUUUAUCAUUACCAUCAUCAUUAUUAUUAUUUACCCUUCCUUUGCUACAAGAUCCCAGGGCAGGUGCCAACAAUUACAGUAAAACACAAUGCUCAACACAAACACAGAAAUUAGGUGGGUCUUAAAAAUAUAGGGCUGCCCGGGAUUUCAAAGGCGGAAUUGACAUGCGGGGCAAAAUGUGGCACUUUGUCUUAGGCAAGUCAAUCAAAAAAAUUGUGGGGGUUUUUGGCGUUUUUGAAAAAAACCAACACUUUCAUUAUUUCAUUAUUUAUUUAUUUUAUUUGGUUUUCAGAUUAAAGUUUCACAAUUACAUACCCAACAUACAACAUAAAAACAAGAUUCCAAAGAAUCUCCUGGACUUCCCUCCUCCCCUUGGUGGGUCCUAUUAUUUGUCAUUUCCUCCUGCAUCUUUUAUGAUAAUCCAGAUCUUUUACAUCCCCGUUAUGUCCAAAAUUCACCAUUAAGCUACAUGAACGCUCAACAUUUUCAGUGCUUUCCUAAAAAAGUUCAACAACUUUCGGGGUGUCCUGGUUUUUACUUUUUGAAAGACAGCAACCCUAAAAAAUAAGUAGAGAUGUGUCUUCAGCAGGGGAUAUAAGAGGAUACCAGAAUGCUUAGCAAGCAGAAUGAAGGAAGCUACUCCUAUUUCUUAACCUUUUGCUAUUAUUGGAACAUGGUGGUGUUCCUUGUUUUGCGGGCAGCUAUUCACAUCAAACAUUUUACUGUUUUGAGAACCAGCAACAGCAUCAGAACAGCUGAGGUAGGCUGAGAACUGUUUCCAUCCUCUCGCCACCACUCCAGCCCCUUUUGCAGUUUGGAAAGAGCAGGCAGCAGCCAGGAAUCACACUUGACACCUGUGACUUACUGGAAAAGGACCCCCCACUUUCCCAUAACUAUAAUUGGGAGCAAAUUUUUCUUGGCAGCCAUUUUCAGUAUUUGGUUGUAAACUAAGGAAAUCAGAUGGGAACUGGUAGUCCUGUUUGGAGGAGGCUUUUUAGUGAGUAGAGAAAACAUCAUUAUUUACUGGUGAUGUAACGGUUUUCUUGUAAACUAUAUUGUGAGGCUUACCUGAAAAAUGGUAUAAUGUUAUUUGUUUGUUUGUUGUGGCAAAAAGGAAACUGAAUGAGACCAUUGGCUAUAUGUCUCUAUACUGCCCACUGCACCUGAUGCUGCCGCUGGCUCCUCGGAUGAAAGUCUAUUGAAACCUUGAGAUUCAUUUUUAAAGAAAACAAAAUGGAUAAGCCAGGGUUGAAGUACUGGGCAUUUGUAUGCCAAGAACGACUGGGGACAGACAAAUCUGCUACAUUUUUUGUUUUGUCAUUUCCCCCUAGUGGUAAAAUUCAUUUCUCUGCUUCUCCAUGGCAAUUUUGACCCCCCCCCCUUUUAAAUCCACAUUAAAAUCUGCCAGCAUUUUAGUGCAUUUCCCCCCCAAUAAGCACACUUUUAUAUGUAGUUUUGGGGGAAAAUACACAUUUUUGCAAGCAAUCUCUUCUAAUGCAAUGCAUUUCUGUAUGUCGUUUUCAUGAAUAUCUUCGUUUUUGUGUACACCGUUCCCCUACUAUAUGUGUUUUUGUCACACUGGCUGGGCAACUGCAUCACAAAAUUUGGAAAACUGUGAAUUUCAAAUGAUAACUGUGUUACCGUUCCUGUAUUGGUUUGAGAUGUGAGAUGAGUUUCCCAUUAGAAUCCACCCGCUGCACACACAUACAGGGAAGAAUAUUAUGUAUGCUUUCCCAAAAAACAUUUAGAAAAUUAAAAUAUAGUAAUUUUAUUGCAGCUGUUUGAAACUGUGCAGGCUAUAGAGUUGCACUGUGCUUCUAUUCAAUUUAUUUAAAAGCAUGAUAGACCCUUAAGGUCAGAGGAAAGAGACUAAGUGGGGCAGCAGGAGCAAAGGACUGGAGCUGUCAGGAAUGCAAUCUAGAGCUGUGAACAUUUCUUCUUGCGAUGUUAUUUUCCCCCACACAAGAGACAAGAACUCCUGGGGUUCGCUUUCAUUUCUUGCCUGCAUUUUAUGACACUAGACAUAAGAGAAGCCAAGAGAAGUUGGUGCUUUAAUCUUGCAACUAGCAAGAGGAAAGCUUUUUUAUUAUUGUUGUUUACUUUAACACACCAAAAAGAAAAAACAAAUAUCCAUCAAUGCAAAACAUAGCAAGAGGAAAGCUUGUGUGAAUAGUCAGAACUCUCAGAAUGAUGAUCUCACCCACAUGAAUCAAUACAGGCAAUUGCACAGGCUUUCUUUCAAUAUAACAAUUAGUCUUACGCACCCCAUCGAUAAAAAUCAAAUCAUGUCUUCUACCACCUCUUGUGCUUAUGAGUAGGUAAACGAGCCUCUCUAAAGGAAUAAUGCAAUUAUAUGCAUCUUUACUAGACAGUCAUAGAAAAAAGAAGUCCUGUAAUCAUUUGCUCCUCGGUUCUCAAUCCCUCUGCUGAUUUCGUAAUAUUUCCUUUAUUUACAAAUAUACACGCAGAGUAUAGUGGAAGCCUCAGCAUACCUUGUGUGCCACUAUGAGAACUCCAACCAUCAACUGAUUGACGGUUUUUGCAAAGUGCUGUACCCAUAGAUUUGCAGGUGCUGCCAAUCACCUGGCCGGGGGUGCCUGCAAACCCUUUUUGCCUCCUUACCUGCCCUUCGAGGGGUACGGUGGCACCGAGACCUAAAUAAUGCCCCCCCUGCCGUUAGUUAGCACAGCCUUUGCCAAACUGGUGCCUUUCAAAUGUUUGGGGCUACAACUCCCAUCAGUCCCAGCUAGUAGUGGGGGAGUACAUUUCACUGUACAGUGGUACUUCGGCUUAAGUACUUAAUUCGUUCCGGAGGUCCAUUCUUAACCUGAAACUGUUCUUAACCUGAUGGACCACUUUAGCUAAUGGGGCCUCCCGCUGCUGCCACACCGCCAGAGCACGAUUUGUGUUCUCAUCCUGAAGCAAAGUUCUUAACCUGAAGCACUAUUUCUGGGUUAGCGGAGUCUGUAACCUGAAGCAGAUGUAACCUGAAGCAUAUGUAACCCGAGGUACCACUGUACACAGGUUGUACAUUGACAAUAAAGGUAUUAUUAUUAUUAAUACAUCGGGAGGGUAUCCCAAGCUAAUGAAGGCUAACCUAGCAUAUCCCCAAAUUACUCAUCAGAAUUCUUGUUGCAGGUUAGACACCUGUAAUGUUUUAUAGAUUUGAACAUCCUUUGAUCAUGCGUCACUAAAGCCUCUUUUAUGUCACCAAACCACUCGCAGGCGAGGCAGAUCUUCCGAGAACCCCUUUGUCAAUAUUUUGUCCAUUUGUCAACAAAGGAUACUGCUCUUCAAAGGCAGCCAUUUUGGGUAUCUGCCAGAGAAUAUGAAUUUCAAUUCCCAUUACGGCAACAUUACUGUGGAUGGUCCUGGUGUGGUGUCACAAAGAAUCAAAGCUUCCAGCGAUGGAAUUAGCCCUGCUGGAUACUAUGGCAGCUUUAAUCCAAUUAGAGGAGCCAUGUCGAACGAUUUAGGGGGAGGCGGAAAUUCGCCUUGCUGGUACAAACGCGUUCUGUCACUUUUGAGAGGCCACCACAAAUGUUUUUCACGCGGAGCUGGUGCCAGCUUCAGAGCGGCGCCAAAGGGAGUCACAAACAAUCUGUCCUGCCAGGCUUCCCCGCACCCUUUAGCUUUAGAAGUAGCAGCUAUUAUGAAUUGUGAUAUCGCAGGCUUGAUUAAUGUCGGUGGCAACUUUAAUGUUUUCAGGUGCAUAAUUAGCAUGGGUGGUACAUGGGACAGCUUCACAGCUGGGAUUUCAAUAACCGUUUGAUGUCCUAGCGGGAACAGCAUGUGUUUCUGUCUUAGGAUGCUUCCAGACGGUUGCUAUUUUCAGGUAGGAUUCAGCCACAUGCAGGGCAAUUCAGGUUGCACAGUUAGAGUUCAUUGGGAGCUCCUGCACAACAGAUGAAUUCUGUACUCUAAUGGCAGUGUAUUCUAUAGUUUAAAAGCUUCCCUUUGUGUUUAAAUCUUUAACCCACAACUACAGCUGUGCUGCUGCAUCUUGUUCCUUUAGACCAUGCCUUGGGACUGUAUUUCCUUUAGUGAAAUCCUUGGCAUUUACAGUUGUCCAUGUACUUCUAAAUUAUCCCAUACCUGUGGUAUGGGAACUAAUGGCAGGACAAAAGUGGAUUUUGCAGGCCCUGAUGGUCCCCAAGAGGCUUAUACUUCAAGCUUGGGAGGAUAUAAACAUCUAUUAUGCAAUGGUCCAAGACCCUUUCUGGCCUUGCUACACUUUGAACAUAUUUCUCAUAAACACCAAUUUUAUUUGAUUAUCAGGACAUAUGGAUAGCAUGUAUCAACUUAUAUGUUUAAAAUGAAAUGGAUGCACUGAUGAUCAUUGUAUUAUUAAUGUGAGUUUGUUUCCUUUUCUCUUUUUUGUUUUCCUUCCCCUCUUUUUUUUUGUUUUGUUAAUCUUGCUAUAAAAAGUAAUAAUUGCAGUAAACAGUAUUGCCUCCCUCACCACUCCCAUCUAUGAUUUCUGACGCCUGUAGGUUAAUUGCUGGAGUGUGUUUGAGUGCCAAACUAAGCAUUAUGUUAGAAGUGUAUUUAAUGUCUCAAGCUUUUCCUCUGAAAUAACAGGGGGAAAUGAUGGAGAAGGGGGAGAGAAUCAUGUGAGACUUAACCAUGCUUAGUCCUGAGAAAAUCCACACACAUUGUAAAAUGGCUAUUCAUCCCAGAAGGAAAUCCUGCCAAGUAAUUGGCAGAAAUAGCAGUUUCCAUCCAAGGGCAAAUAGGAACUUUGGGGGCUAAUUUUGGUCAGGAUUACUUGGGGAGGGGAGGGUUAACCUUCUCUCGCUGUAUAUUGCAGGCUGGAAGGCCAACUCCCUGGUUGCCAGAAAGAAAAGGAAACUGGACAGCUUAGAUGCUAUCACACAUUUAAUGCAUCACCUAGUUUUGCCCAUAGAUUAAAAGUUAUCUGUAAUUAGAGUUAUCACCUCUCAUGAUGAAUCAUGCAGAGAGGCAACAGGCAGCCUCCUAUGACAGCAGACCUUUCUGCUGCAUGUUGGCAUCGUUUUUGCUCCAAAUACUCCUAGCAUAGACAGGGCAGAAUUAUCCAGCUCAACCAGAAAGAGAUUGAGUAGGGAACUGUAGAGCUGCAGAAGGCAGCCUCCUGUGUAGAUGGGGAUAGUUUGGGCUCACAGGACCUGCUAACAAUUUAACUCGGGUAUUCCUUGAUCCGCAAUAGAACUUCUGUUUUAUCAGUGUAGGAAUUACUGCCCUGUUUCCUGUCCUUUCUUUUUUGGAAAAAAUAGUAUAGAAAUUGCUUUAGAAUCACAUUAUGACCACAUGCUGUCUUCUUAUGAGACCACGGAAUACAGACUGUGUGCAGCUGAUGUUUAGGAGGAAAGCUGCAAAAGUGGGAAAUAUUACACUUUCCCUUUCUGCUAGUGUCUAUUUCUCUUCUGUAGAAUUAUCAGGAGGCUUCCAAGUUGGAACAGUUUGUGACUCGCUUUUUGCUGAAAGAAACAGUGAAUCAGCUACAGUCGCUCCACAAUUCCCUGGAGUGUGCCAUGGAAACCACAGAGGAACAAACCCGUCAAGAUAAGUGAGAUUUCAACCGCUCCCCCACCCCUGUGGAAAUGUAUCAGGAAUUGUUCCAGGGGGAGGUUGCAACUGAGUAAUACUGUGUGCGCCUAUUACCUUGCGAUUGCAGAAACAAGUCCUGUGCUGAAAAUAUAUCCCUUGUUUUCCCCCCAGUUAGUUUCCAUCUAGGAAUGAUAAAACAGUUUUUGUUGCAAAAUUAUCAAAGCUGCGCUUAACUUACUUUUCAAGUGGUCAAGGUGUUUGUGAAUGAACGUCUCCCUCCCCUCUCUUAUUCUAGAAAUCAUCUCAGUAGCAGUCAACACUGGGCAGCCUUCCUGGGUGCCUUUACAUCAGGCUUCCUCAACCUUGGCCCUCCAGAUGUUUUUCGCCUUCAACUCCCAUGAUCCCUAGAUAGCAGGACCAGUGGUCAGGGAUGCUGGGCAUUGUAGUCUCAAAACAUCUGGAGGGCUGAGGUUGAGGAAGCCUGCCUUACAUCAUUCAUAACCCUGGGGAAGAUGUAAUUUCUUCCAUGAGGCUUUUUCAGAUCAGGAAGUACAGGCAGCCAGGGAGGCUGCAAAGCACUAGAGAAAUGUUUUGUGGACGGAAAAACAUAAUAGGCAAAUUUAGACAAAUUCAUGGAGGAGAGGACUAUCAAAUGUUAGUAAGCCAUGAUGGCUAUGGCUCUGUCUCCACAGUCAGAGGCAGUAAUGUUUCUGAAUACCAGUUGCUGGAAACCACAGGAGGGGAGAGUGCCCUUGCACUCGAAUCUUGCUUGCGGGUUUCCCACAGCCACUGUCAGUCUCAAUACAUUUCCUUCCAGUGAAUGGUGAUUCCAUAGGGUGGUAUUCAACCAGGUUUUACUCAGAGUAGACUCAGUUGACAUUGAUGGACCUAACCUUAUCAUGUUUCUUCAUUUCACUGGGUCAACUCUCAGUAAAACUCAGUUGAAUUCCACCCAAGCAAUGUUUUUUCAAGAGCAGUCUUACCUACUGGGGAAGGUAUGUGUUUGCAUUUCAAGUGGGUCAACUGCCACAUCCAGAGCCUUGCAAGCUCACAGAAGCCAGGGAAGGAACGUUUAUUCUCUCUUAUAAACUUUUCCUCCCAUUGCAGCCAGUGGGUGAGAAUUACUGUAUUUUUCGCUCUAUAUGACGCACUUUCCCCCUCCUAAAAAGUAAGGGGAAAUGUGUGCACGUCUUAUGGAGCGAAUGCAGGCGGGAGGCUCUGCUCAGCGCUCCCUUUCAAGAGCCGCGUGGAGCGUGUGCGGGGCUCUUGGGGGCUUUUCCCCGAGGAGGGAGAAGGACAGCCUCUCCCGGGCAGGGAAUGCACGCUCUCCUUGCCCGGGAGACGCUGCGUGCGGCUAUCCCAUAAGCCAGGACAGCCAGCGGGAUCGCUGCACAGUGAUCCUGCUUGCUGUUCUGGCUUCUGGGAUUCAGAUUUUUUUUUUCUUGUUUUCCUCUUCCAAAAACUAGGUGCGUCUUAUGGUCUGGUGCAUCUUAUAGAGCGCAAAAUACAGUACCUAUCCCAACUCUGGAGAUGGAGUUGCUUUAGCAUAUUGGGGAUGGGGGGAGCAUGGCUUCCCUGGACAUUUCCUUAGCUGUUUGCCAUACUUUUAGCCUGCUUUUCAGAUAACUGUUGCCUCCACAAGCAGCUCACAUCAGUAAGAGAGAGAAAAACAGGCCCUGCUGUCAGACUUGCAAACUAAAGACAGAAUACAUAAAGGGAGUAGGGUGGGAAAGUUGAGUCCUUCAGGGCCUGAACAAAGUGCUAAACAGUUAUGGAAAGUUAGGCUGAGCUUCCCUCGCUGCUGUUCUUGCUUGAAGAGGAGUUGGUGGCUCUUGUUCCUUUGGCCAGUGGAUGGGGCCAAUUCCCUUGUGGUUUCUGCAGUCCUAGAGCAAAUGACAGCAAGAGCAGUCUAUACUUUCUGGCAGGGAGGAGGUAGCACGCUCCCUGCAGCCACUCCUUCUCUGAACAGUGAAGGACAUGCCCCAUGGGGCAACACCCCAUUCCUGGCUUCACUGCUGUUGGAAUAGCAAUGGUGGGAGAGUUUUCUAUGGCCACAGUGGCAAGCCCCCUGGAGUUGGAUCUUCUCUGAUGGCAGAGGAAGCCGCAUGGAAUCAUAUUGCCCCUUAGCCAGUGAAGCCAUAUGUCACCUCAGAAAAAAGCAGCUUGCAUCAGUUCAGAAUUUGAGCUUUGGUAUGAACCAGAUGCACACCUUUACUGUAGGGAUGUUUAUUUCAUUCUGAUAGGUGAACGACUCCCCCUUUCUCCCCAAGGCCGUGCUGCUUUCCAGUUACCUGGAUCGUCAGCCACCCCAAAUCUUCCUUUCCCCAGAUCUCGCUCAAGGUUAUGUUCUAGGCUCUGUGGUGAAUGCCAAAUUUGUGACAGACCCUCUGCAGUCAGAAUGUUUACAUUCUGUGACUCGGCAGCUCCUAGUAUGUGUGUUUGUAUGUGUGAAGAGGACUGGAAACAUGCUCAGAAUAAAGAGACAGUUUCAUUAAUCCAAUUGAUUUAUGCAUAUAUAAACAUAUUUAUUUGUAAGACAAAAGCCAGCAAAGCCAGAGGUGCUUGCAGUUAAGCAGCUGGGAAGACGUUCAAGUCGAAGACUCCAAAGGAACAGCAGUUUUUCUCCAGUCAGCCCUCUUUUUAACCAAGGUAACGUUAUUUAAGAGAAGUAUUGCAUUUUCGCUUUUCUGUGCUUUACAAGUUGUAACCACCAAGAACAAGUCAUAUAAAGUAAAAUAGCAAGUUUCAUUUAAAUUAAUAUGAAAAUUAAAUCCCCGUAAAAGGUAAUUCUGCUAAUUCUUAUAUUCCACCAAGUGUACAGUUGGGAGGGAUAAUGCAAAAAAGGGGGAGCCCUGCCAAGUCCAAGUGCUGAUAAGAGGCAUUUGGCUGAUGCAUGUAUGAGUGAUUUGGGUGCUUUAAGGGAUACAUUUACAAAAUGUUGAGAUAUACCGGUAUGAAUGGCCCUAAGUUGUCACUUCAGUUGGCCCUGACAAGUCUGGGUGUGAACUCCGGUCAUAUAGUGGACAUGUGCAGUAGUUUGCAUUUAUCACCCUAAACAUUUAUUUGCCAGUUGAACAAACUGUCUGUAAAAAUACAGUGGAAACAGAAAAGCCAGAAGCUAUCCAACAUCAGAGAAAAUAUUAAAUUGGAAUACGGGGAACAGGUAAAAUCAACGCAGUAUCAAAAGCAGGCCCUUCUUUUUGCAUAUACAAUUAAGCAAGUGGAGAAAAACCAGCAACUUGUAGUCAUAAUUGAACAGUCUGUCCACCUCACUUAGAUCUCUGCCUUUACCUGCAGUUCCCUAUUUCUGUAGUGGAGGUGUCACCAACUAAUCUCAAAGGGCUGUUGCAAGGGACAAAGGGCUUGAAAAACUUCCGUGUUUUAAAAGGGCUGUAGAAACCAUGCAGAUGAUAAAAGUAUGAGCUCCCAAACUGGUUUUCAAUGCAUCUUUUGAAAUGCAAACAUAUUUGAACACAUGCAGAGUGCCUUUCCUUUAUGACCAACUUCAGUCUUGCCCUGGCACAUCUAGGAUUUGAGAAAACUGCUCUUGGAUAAGAGGGAACUCCUCCUAGCUCAAGGUAGGAUAUUGAGGCAUUUCAAAAACAGGUGUGCAAGAUCAAGGGUCCCUGUUGCUGCAGGUUAGCUUGACAAGAAAAAAGGCUGCCUUUUGACACUGAUCUACCCCCUUUUUUUGUUUAUAGAACAAGCUGUGUUCCUUCCUAUAUUUGCUCAGUCAGGACACAGAGCAAUUUCUGUAGCUGUCCUUUGCACUCAUCUAGUGCAAAUGUUUUUAUUAUGAAUCAAAAAAAGUCUGCUGUAGUGUGAAAGCUUCCCCUUCCAGAGGCAAUAGCAGCUUCUGGGGGAGGGGGUGUUAAUUAGGACUGUGGCAUAAAGCCAUCCCCACAUAACACAGUCCCAAUUUUGACUGGAUUCUCCUGUAGUUGCCAUUUAAAAACAAAAAAAAAUGCCAAUAAACCCCAUAAACCAGACAGGUAUUUCCUUGCAUAAGGAAUGUGCCAGGUUAUAUCUACCAUGAGCAAUCUAAGGUCUCUAUCUACAGCUAACUAUCUUACAAAGGGAAAAGAGAUUUUACCCAUCACAGUGACAGCAACAUUUUGUCACCAGGAGCUGCCACAGGUGACACUGCUAAUUUCAGUCAGACUUGUGUGCAUAAGAAGGAUCAGGAUGGGGGCCAUUUUUGCAUGUUGAAAAAGCCGCUGGAAAAAGCCGCUCUAAGUUUGGAGUUAUUUUAAUAGCAUUCAUUUUGAAGAUGAAUCACAGUCCUCCACAUUCUCUAAGAACUCUUCCCACCCUUCUGGCUAUGUGCUUAUCUGAAAAUACUGCAUCUGCUGUGUGAGUCUUACUGUACUUUAAACAUAAAGACAGCAUAGGCGUUUUGUGUAAACCAAAGUAUCGGUACUGUAAGAAGCUCGGGCAGCCAUUUUUAAGCAGCACAUUUCUGCAUGUGAUUUUGAAUAUUUAGCACCUUCUGAAGCUUUGCAUCUCCACACAGUGUCCAGGAAGAAAAAAGAACUAUGUAGUCUGGAAUAACUCCUGAAGGAUGUCACUUCUCUGACCUCGUAGAUUCUGUCCUCAGAAUUAAUUAUAAACUGGAGUAACCGUAAACUGCAGGACAAGAAAGGCUUAAGAAUUUCUUAGCUGCAUUUAGUAAGAAAUGUUGAGUCAUGUGGAAUACUUAUUCGUAGGGAAAUGCUAUCUAUUAUCGAUGUUUAGAAGAGCAUCAUCCAGGUUGAACAUUAAUAGUACUUUGAAUAGUCUAACAUGGAUGAAAACACACACAUCAAAACAAAGAAGUGAAUAAGGAAAGCCAUAGUUUUCAACAGUGUUUUAAAACUCCAUUAUUUACGUCUCCUAAAGGCUGGCUGGAGGAAGACAACCAGUGGAUGACCCAAAUAAACAGACUCCAGAAACUGAUUGACAGGCUAGAGCAGAAGGUGAGCACAAGGUCCUUCAUUAAUCUGUAAAGAAUAUCUCUAUAUCCUUACUGCAUCACACUCUCCUUCCAUCCCUGACUGAUAGUAGCAGAGCAGGUACAACAUCCACUAAAUGAGCUAAAUAACCUACCUGGGUAGCCCUCUUUGCCACUGAAGGGCAAGGGUUGAAGUAGCAUGUUGUAGGGCAUUUCACAAAAAACCCCUCAGCUGGUGGGUGCUUGAUGAUGGGCUGGAGGCAAAGAAGUGGGCCUUCUUCCCUACCCUCACCACCAUGCAGCAGACACAGUUGGGAGCUCUCAAUCAUGUCUGGUCAGUUUGUACUGCAUCUUUCCCUAUCCCAGCCAGCACAGUACAGCAGUGGCAGUAUCCAUAACUAGUUGUCCUAUCUACUUCCAAAAAUUUUCUUUUCUCGUUGCUGAAAUGUGUUACUUGUUACAUAGAUGAAGUUUGAAUCCAUGCUGAGUAUAUAAAAGCAGUGGCACAUCCUAAUGACAAUAGGCAGGUGGUUACAAAAUAAAAGUUGUUUCUUAGAUCUAUUUCCCAAGGCACAGUUACUUUUCUGUUGUUCUUACAUUCCAGCAACAGCUUGGGUAUGUUAGACAAAAUUGGCCAAUUGCCAUGGUUCUGCUGCUUGUAAGCCAAAGUUAGAGGAUGACUGUGUGGAUAGUUAAUAUCUGGUACUUUUGUUUGCAUUUCUCCUCCAUCCUGUUGGCAAGGAUCUAAAGCUUGAGCCACUGGAAGAAGAGGUAUCUGAAGAAAACACUAAAUCUGUAAGUAUCCCCCCCCCCAAAGAUUAUGAAUUGAUGAGGAUAAUAGUUAUCUCUGCAUGGAGGCAUAAAGAAAGUUUUGGAUAUUCUAUUCUGGUUUAAUUAACAAGGAUUUGCAAUCCUAUGCAUACUAAUUUGGAAGUAAGACCCACUGGCCUUAGUAAGGCUUACUUAUGAGUAAGGAUGCAAAAUUGUCUUACUGAGCAUUCCAAUAGGACCCUCAUAAGUAACACAAUUUAUAUUACAUUUAGAGGGAAGAUCCAGUUACAUCAUUGCUUUAUUCAGCCUUCUUUUUAAAAAAAAAAACACCUUUGCAUUAUAUUGCUCUUAUUUUUACAUAUAAAAAUAUUUUUACAUACCGUAUUUUAUUGUAUGCAAUCAACCCAGAUGGCAAGAUAAAAAUGCUCUGAUAUCAGGAGUGCAAUGCAUUCACCAAUAAUACUGUCUUAAUAUUUUUGUCAGCACAUAAUGAUAGUUCAGCGUCAGAUGUCAGUAAUAGAAGAAGAACUGGAGCAAUUCCGGUUUGCUCUGAAGCAGUAUGUGGACACGGCCUCUUCUCAGGACGGAUGCCUGCAGUGAGUAUAUCUGCUGCCCCCAGAGGAUGAGAAAAUUUAGAUGGCUAUAAGCUUCCGCUCAGAAGUCAUCAGGAUGACAACUAGCGAAGGGGUUCUAUAAGCACCCUUCACAUUAUGACCCGGCACCAGCCAAAGUUAGUAGCUCAAAACUCCCAAUCUGCUCCAAAAAAGAAGCCAUACUUAGCAGGGUUCUCAAAAUGGACUGCAAAACCUAGAUGUUUACAACAAACCAAAUAGUUUUAUGAGCAACAACGAAUUACCAUUAAAGAAAAAAGGUUAACAUACAGUACUUGCAAAGUUUCCUGUUGAAUACUGUAUAGCAAAAAGAGAUAGUUGCCUUUUUCCUGGCACACUGUAUUCCAUAUGUACAUAGUGACACCUUCUGGUCUCUUUCUGAUUUGACACAAUUUGUGUCUUAAUUUAUACAACUGAAAACAAGUAAAGCCUAAAGACUUUAGGAAGAACUUCCUGACAGUAAGAGCUGUUCGACAGUGGAAUUUGCUGCCAAGGAGUGUGGUGGAGUCUCCUCCUUUGGAGGUCUUUAAGCAGAGGCUUGACAACCAUAUGUCAGGAGUGCUCUGAUGGUGUUUCCUGCUUGGCAGGGGGUUGGACUCGAUGGCCCUUGUGGUCUCUUCCAACUCUAUGAUUCUAUGACUUUAGCUGGUUGUGUGACUUAUUUAUGAUUUAGUGUUUUUAUUUCAAAUUGUAUUUUACCAUUUAUGUAAACCUUGCAGAGAACUUGGAUGGAAGGUUAUAUACAAGUAUAGUUGUAGGAAUAUAUAUCAUUCCAGUACUGAAGAUCUGCAUACCAUUCUAGCUGUGGGACAAACUGCACGACAGGAGGCUUUCCUGUACAUAUUUCUAGAUGGAUAACAAACCCCAAGUACAAACAGCUGCUGCUUGUGGGGUUCCCCUCCAAGAUCUAGGUGCCAGAACUGUAAUCACUUCUUUAUAAAGUUGAAAUCCUACCAAUCAGGAUUUGUUUCUUUUUUGGAAUGGGGGGGGGGUUUGGAUUUAGUGUCCCACCCCUCUUUUCCUGCAAAAAACUAACAGAAUUUCAGUUGAAGGUGAAUAAAAUGAUCUGAAAAUAAGGUGUGUUUUUUUAUUAAAACAAACUACAGGUUCUCAAGUUUGGGCAUUACAGGGAACUCUGGUUCAGUUUAAGAUAGGAAACAACUUUUGAUCUCCUUGUGGCCACUGAAGAGGUUGGGAGUUUGUAAGUCCAAGGCAUGCGGCAGCUUCUUCUCAAAGUGAGAAGCCAGGGUUCUCAUUACUUCUUAACCAAAGUUAUUACUUCUUCAUACUGGCUUUGCUAUCUACUUAUCAAAUUAAUUCUGUUGUUUUAUUAGUGUUUCUAUUCAGAGGUUUUCUGGUGAAUCUCGCUUCAUCGUUUAUGAAUUCUGGGAGAACAAUGCCUGGAACAGGUACACAAAAUGCCAUGUGUAUAUCUUAUUAUGGACAAAAUGAUAAAUAAAUAGUUCAAAAUAUCAGCUAUCUACAACUACUGUUACUAGAAACAAAACCUGAUUUUCCAGAACAAGUACCGUAUUUUUCGCCCUAUAGGACGCACCGUCCCAUAAGGGGCACCUAGGUUUUUUGGGGGGAAAUAAAGGAGGGGGGAAUUAUUUCCCCCCAGGCGCGGGGCUGGGGCGGGAGAAGCCCGAGCUUCCCCCAACCCCAGCCCCCAGAACAGGCAACUCUCCGCAAAGCCUGGAGAGCGAGAGGGGUGGGUGAGCUCAGUGCGCCCACACUUCAGCAUGCAGGCACUCGCAUGCCGCGGAGCCGGCACGGCUCCACGGCUUGCAGAGAGCCUGGAGAGCGAGAGGGGUCGGUGCGCACCGACCCUCGCGCUCUCCAGGCUUCAGUGAAAGCCUGCAUUCGCCCCAUAGGACGCAUGCACAUUUCCCCUUCAUUUUUGGAGGGGAAAAAGUGCGUCCUAUAGGGCGAAAAAUACGGUAUUUAUCAGCAUCACCUAGCUGGGGGCGGGAAAAGGGGGGGCAUGUUAAAUACAAGUAGCAUAUUGCUUGAUUGUUUCCUACGUAUAUUAAUUGGAUGAUCAGUUAGAAUAGUCCAAUUAUUAUACUUUUCUGCAGCAUACCAAGUUUCCAUUCCAAAUGCAUUGAUCCUUCAGAACACUUGGAUGGAAGUAUUCAUAAAAUAAGCAAAAGCGCAUUAGGAUGACAUGAAAUAGACUUGAAAAAGAUGAGUGUACUGAUGUAUUAAAGCCCUGAAGAGAUUUUUUAACAAAACAUAGAAAUGUUCCAUAAAACCCCCCACAGAUAUUCUGGUUCAAUUCACACUUUCGAGGGGCCACCAAACAAACAUCUCAGGAACACGUGGAUCAGUGCUGGGUUUUUGAUUGUGUAGGCUGUAACCUGGAUUAUUAUUUAUUAACUCAGUAGUACAUUUUUAUCUAACAAUCUCAUACUAUAUAAUAAAGGCUUUGCAGAUUUGUAAACCAAGAGGGUUCUCUAUCCAAUUUUAUUUUAAACUGUGAAUUGAUAUAGGAAGGAGAAAGAGUAAAUGAAGUUAUCACUCUUAUUUCUAUAGCCACCUGCAGAUGAACUACAGCAAGACAUUUCAAAGAAGUAAUGUGGAUUGCCUGGAAACUCCAGAACAUAUUACAACUAUGCUAGUGCCUGGUAAUCAUCCUGUUAAUAGUUAUCUGUGUGAAAAAGUUAUCUCCCCCUCAUUUUGUGCCUUCCCUCAACACCUAUUUUCCAUUCCAGAAGCAGAGAAGCAUCUAUUUAGGGAUUUCCCACUAAUGACAUCCUAUGCAUGUUUACUCAGAAGUAGGACUCAUUAUAUUCAAUGGAACUUGCUUCCAUGUAAGUGUACAUAGGGUUGCAUAAUUUCCCAGCUGUCAGUCCCAUUGAUCAGGGUAGAACAUGCUUCUGAGUAACAGGUUACCUUUUUAAGCAGUGAAGUCAUAUGUAUGACUGUAAUAAUAAUAAUAAUAAUAAUAAUAAUAAUAAUAAUUUAUUAUUUAUAUGCUGCCCAUCUGACUGGGUUGCCGCAGUCGCUCAAGGAAGCUUCCAACAAAUUAAAACAUAGACCAAAUUUGACAAGCAAUAUUUUUUAUCUUCAAUAUAAAUGACUUGAUGGCAUAAUAUAUGAAUACCAUUCAAAUUGUCACUUGAAUAGAAGGUAGAAUUAUGCCUUCUAUUCAAGGCAUAAGUAUAAUGUGGGAGACCUUUGAUUAGGGUUUCUCAUUUUUAAUAAAUCAACAGAAAACCUUACUAGGAGCCAUUGGGUGCAGUUGAAACAAAUUCAGAGUACGGCACUGAGUGAGGGGUUUAAGAACAACUGAUUUAAAUCUCCCCUAAAAACUGGUAUUAGUCCUACAGGAGGAAAUACAUAUGGGAAAACAUAUAUAGACUACCAGAUAUAGCUCUGAAAUUAGUACCAACCAGGAAUUUUGGUUGGAGUAAAAUCUGUUUAAAUGAUAUGCCAUUUUUGCUGCUCCUGCGAUCUUAAAAGAUUAACCCAAAAAAAUUAAAUGUAAAGUAUUAGCCAUGUUGAGCAGGAUCAAUUCCAACAUUACAUACACAUUGUGGUAGCUGGAAUACUGCUUUUCUUAUAUGCAUUUAUUUGGGUUAGCGAGAAUAGCAUACAUUAGUAGUGAUGGGAUGUUACGAGGGGGAACAACAUUGAUAGUGGGUUGUAUCCAAUAUUAGUCCUAAUCAGAGUAGACCUUUUGAAAUUGAUAGAGAGUUGCCAAUGGCUGUUCACUAUUGGCAUUUUUAUCUUUAAGUGAAAUGAAUGCAAAAGCAUUAAUACUCCAAAGAUUAUAUAAUGUCAGUCAAAAUGUGACAGCACUAUUCUCAUUCCAUCUUUGGCAUUCGGUAUCCAACUGGGACCAAAGGUGGUAAUUAUUUAAGUGCUCUAAAUAACAAUACGUAUUGGAUUCCCCUUUACACUGCCUCAUGUGUUCGCUUUUGUGAUAUAAUAAGUAAUAUUAGAACCCUCCUGGUCUUAGGGCUCUGGGGACCUGGAAAUUGUGUUUCAAUUUAACAGUACAUGUAUGUAAUCAUAUGAGGAGAUAAUAAAAUUUCACCUGUUCUCUCCAGGUUCCAUGGUAGAGAUAUCACUGUGUUUCACUGGUUAGCUGAUAAAAUUUCAGCUACUACAGAAAGGUUGCCCAAUUCUUUUUUCCUUUCGCCAAUCAGAGCUUAGUUAACAUGUACCUGAUUUAGUGACAGUCCAGGUUUAUUUUCAUUUUUGUAGUUUGCUUUAGUUACAAGCUUCUUAUUCCAUCUGAAAAGCUCUGAAUAUUGCUGUGCUUUCAAUUGUGCAAACUGUUAAUUGGCUAGAAUACACUCAUUCAUUAAAAACCAAAAUAGCUAGUACAGUUUAAGAAGUUGCUGAAAUACUAGAAUUGUCUAAUCAGCAUGAAUACUUCCUUUUCAGCUUCCUGGUGGAUCCUCAACAACAACUAGAAGCUUCGCUAUAAUUCCUAUUAAUGACAUAUGUUCUGCAUUACUUUAUUAUAAAGCCUCUAAAAUUAGCAGAUAACAUUCCUUCCAUUUUUAAAAAAGGGCCACAUUGUACAAGUUAUUUGUUGCUACUUUAUGGAAUUAUAUAAUGGUAUUUAUUGAUUUUAAUUUGUUUCAUAUGGCUCUGUUUAUUUAUGUUAUUGUGCAUAGUGCUUUUAUUGUGUGUUUUAACUAACUAUUUGAGAAAUCAUUUUUGGACACAAAGCAGGAUGUAGAUUUUAACAUAUAUGCUUACAUUGGACAUUGCUGCCUUUUGCUUAAUAACAUGGUGUGCACUGAAGUCAGCUCAACAUGGAUACUAAGCUAUUCUAUAUAACAUAUGUGAACUAAAUGGGAAGCAAGACUCCUGGAUUGACACAAG